GCCGUUGUGUUCAAGCUCAGUGAAUUAACCUUUACUUUGCACUGAUCAAGCUAAAGGUUAAUUAUAAGGAAUAGUGAUGUUAAUUUGAUAGAGCGGGUCAGAUCAUCUUCAUGUCUGAUGGCUUUUGAUUUGCAAAAGUAUAAUCAAAUGUGAUUGCAUUUGUGAAUACCAAAUACGAAAAAAGAGACGUUUUUUUCCCAAACCUUUGAGUUUCAUCUUGAGUAAAGGUCAAUUACUGGAUUGACCUUUAGUUAAACUUAAAAAGAAGUGUCAGCUCAAACACAGGAAAAAUACAGGGUAUAGAUCUCUGAUGUUAUUCAAAAAUCUGCACAGAAUCGGAAAAUAGAGUACAAGCACAGUUUCUGUUUAAUACUUCUUUAUGCUUAAACUUCACAUUAAUUGACACUAAUAUAGGCUACUUUUCACUCAUAUUUGUAUAACGCUAACAUUGCAGACAAGAAUUAAGAGUAAAUCAUUUGAUUUGUUGAUAGAAAAUGUUCUUCAACACAACGAUGAAGAGGUUUACAGCAGUGUGUCCUUUAUAUACAUAGACUGUAUAUAAAAUGGAUGCUGUCUGCCUCCUCAUAAAUUUCUAAAGUUUGUCCACAGCCCCAUAAGCUUUGCUGGCGGAGGCGGGAUUUAUGACCUAUACUGCAGCCCGUCACCAGAGGGUGCUGUUCUCGGAGUGGCUUCACCCAGCUAGGAUGCAGAUUCUGUCCAUUCUUUAUACAAUCUACGGUGAUGGUUUCCAGCUUUUUUUUAGCGAAUCAGAGGCGAAGGAGGCGGGACUUCUCCCUGCCAUCCUACAAAAAAAAAAAAAAAAAAAUAGCUACCAGGGGGAUGCACUGCUUGAGCCGAGCGUCAUCACAACCACUCUCAGCGACUCUCCUGCCAAAUGUGCACAACCCUACUGCGCAAGUGGUGGAGUGCGAACAACGCUACUGCGCAGUGUUGGCUUCAGGAAGUGGAGAAAAAACGCGGAAUUACCGAGAGCUUUUCGCCUUCAAAUCCAUAUACUGGCGGAAGUCCUGGGUUAACAGACUACAACAUUAGAGAAGCUAAAAUUCAUGACACAAGGAUGGCAUUAAAAACUGUACAUUAAGUACUCAAAUAUGAAAAAAAAAACUGCAGUAGUACAGGUACUAAUGCCUCUGCUCCUCUUGAAAUACAUCCUGCUGCUUGGUGAUAAAAUCAUUUAAGCCAGAAGGCCAGGCAUCAUCUGUCUGAGUGAUACUUCAUUAGAGGUGUGUGACCUCUAAUGAAAACAUGAUUGCGAUCAGCGAUGGUAUUUUUAAUGUGUGGACGUGUCGCAUUCUUAAAGCACGAGCGGAACCGGGGGCGCGCCGCCGUACCCCCCUCUCCUAACCGCACACACACAAACACACACACACACACACACAGCUUCAACUGCUGGUGGGGGGGCCACACAGGCAUAUCGCGACGAACCGGCGUCCACGCGCCCGGUCUCUUCCCUCACCGUUUUCUUCCUCGCGCUCGAGCGCGCGCCCGCUCAGAGACAGGCUUCAGAGAUCCCAGAGAGCAGACGAGAGGCAGCAGGGGAGAGAGAAAGAUGGAGGUGAGGGUCGGGGAGAGACUCCUUUGCCUGGCCGUGCUGUCCAGCGUCUUCUGCGUGGAUUCCGUCUUUGGGAAAUACGUGAAAGGAAUCGUCAACACGAAAGAGGUGAGCUCUGCUGUUUUCAUUCACCUCUUUAUCUAGUUGCCACUUAAUUGCGACAAUGACACCGAAGCAGGAGCGGGAGAGGGUUCUCGGCUGCGUAUCUGCACGCAGGUGUCUCUGGUGGACUGUACCGCGGAAAGACGAGGAGCCCGACUCUAAUUCAGCGUUAAGUUGCUUUGGACGUUUGCAGCAAACACACUCAGCUCUUUUCUCUUUCCCUAUUUCGCGCCAUUAGCGUGCGUCUCAUCUGUGGCGUAUAUUUCACCCACAUUAUGACAGUCUUUGGCAUCAUUGUAGCCCCCAGUAAAAAGGCACCCCACCAGUCCGCUGCGACCAAUGGAGCCUUCAGUGUAGGGAGAAGGCUAGUCGUCCUCAAACAGACGCAGCUUGACUCGCGUGGUUUUGUCGCCGGGCUCAGGUGUGAAUUCGCAGCUGUAUUUCUGACCAGGAUUAGGAGAGCUGUUACAGGUGUGCGUCAUUUGGCUGCUGGGGUUUGUGAGCUCAGUCCAGCCCUGUGGUCAAGGUUCCAGGUCUGUUUCCAUUCAGAUCAGCAUCGACAUCACCGCUUUUCCUUGAGUUACAAUGUGAACUGUGCAGCUGUGCAGCAGCAGAUACUGUCGUUCUUUGUCAUUCAGGGGGAUACCACCUGCUGUUCCCCUCAGCUCUGCUCGGUUUUUCUCUCGAGUUUGUGGAUCAAGUUUGACACAGGAGUAUCGUGCAGACAGGCUGUCUACCAUUUUGUUGCAAGUUCAAUAAGCCAGUUCAGCAGACAGAGUUGUCUAUACUGUAACACGAGCAAAUGGGCCUUAAUUCAAAUUAUGCAUGCUUGUUUUGAACGUUAUGGUAAUGCUGUUGGAUUUCCUGCAGAAGCUGUGCAGAGGAAGCCAAAGUGCUUAUCUCUCCUAAACAACAGAGGACACAUCUGACCUUUCAAUCUGCGGGGUCAGCCAAGCUUGGAGAGUCUUACAGGGGUUGAGGAAAAUUAAUGUUUAGCAAACAGGCGCAGACAACUCUUGUUCAGACUGUGAACGUUCAGCUUACAGUGAGACAGAGUUUCUUUUUUCAGUAAACAGUUUUUUAAUUAUUGCUUACGAAAAUAACGAUAUGAUUGUUGUCACAUUACAGAUUGUUUCAUGUUUCAUGAGCUAUCGGGUGAAAAUGUGGUUACAAAAGCAUGAUUGACCACAAGUUUUGCUCAUAUAGACCAUCCAUCCAUCCAUUUUCUACUGCUUAUUCCCUCAGAUAGACCACAGUAUGAAGAUUGAGUACCAAAAAUGUGCUCUCAUGUACCACAGGUUUUAUCAAUCAAUCAUCAAACUUUAUUUUUAAAGCACUUUUCAUACAUAGAAUGUUGCACAAAGUGCUGUCCAUUCAAGCAGGAUAUUAAAAACAAUGAAUUAAAUAAAUAAAAACACAAAUACCAAACCCGCCCACUCUCCCAACCCCCAUUCAACACAUAAAACACUCACACGCUCACACACACAGAUGCAUACACAAAAGACCAGGUGAGGACUCUUCAACUUGCCACAGACGACUGAGGAAACUCUGUCUUGAGUUAAAAGAAAUGUGGAAACACUGGAUCUCUGACUAAAAUGAUAAAACAAUGAUAAAAUAUAAUAAAGGUGACAAAGCGUUAAAAGUUAAUUAAAUAAAACAGUCGUAAAAUCAAACAAUAACUUAAAGUUAAUAAGAAAAAGAGGUAAUAAAACACAAAAUAGUUACUCUGGGACUAAAAUAGGGUAAAAUCACAUCAUGCAGAUUAAAAGAUUAAAACAAAAUUUAACUAAAAGCCAGGCUAAAAAGGUAGGUCUUGAGUUUAGUUUUAAAAAUACAAACAGUAGGUUUUACUGUGUUAUCAAAAUGCUACUUGGUAAGCCACAAAACAAACUCAGAAAUAUUGCCUCUCUGAGAACACAUUACUUUAUACCCCUAACUGCUUAUCCCCUAAACACAGUUUACACGUCAGAGCCAGGGAAACUAAUUUUCACUCCACCUCACUGACUUGUUUUUCUCACUUUCCUUGAACUGUGAUUACGUUAAAUUUUGAAUGAGUCAUCAGCCGAGAGAUUGAAGUCCCCAGUUUGAAUCCCCAUCAGGAUGAUGAUGGGGGUCUGAAUGGAUAAAUUGAACUUGAGGCACUCAUCCAUCCAACUCUGCUGUAGAGACGCCCUUGAACACAGCACUGAAUUUGCACCUGCUCCAGUGGAGCUGCUCACUGGCCGGCAGUGGGUUCAACUGGGCAACUUCCAAGUUUGUGUAUGUGUGUAUGAGAGUGAUUGUGAGGCUCUUCUUUUAAGGCAUCAUGUAAUUUUGCAAUCCACUGCAGUGAAUGAGAAUUAACUUUUAGUAGUCACGAUUUUAAUUUAAGGCAACUAAUAACACUAUACUUCAUUUAUUAUUUAGAUCAUAAAAAAAUAAUGAAUCAUUGUUUUGCUUAUUUUCCUUGAUCCAAUGUAGCUGUUGUAAAUCUGAAUGCCUAGUGGGAUUGAUGUUUAAAUAAUUAAAAAUUAUUGAUUUUGCCAGCAUGCAACAAUAUGAAAACUAGCAUCUAUUUUAAUUUUAUUAAAUGGUCAAAUCACUCUAAAGUAGUUAGAGUAAAGGGGAACAUGUACACCGGAAUUGCUUGUUGGUGGAUCAAGUUAUUUAAAUGUUAUUAUUGUGGGCCUGAAAUGCAGAUUAUCUGUUGUAUCAAAGGCUGGAGAUACUCUUGUUGUUAUUCAUCUCGAGAUAUGGCACUCAAAUCUGCAGCUAACCUACAUGGUGUGUUACUGCCACUUUUACAGCAACUCGUUGGUCAAAGUAACCGGCUAUAGAGAAGUUCAACUUUAUCAGUCAAUGUUGAAAAUUAAAAAUGGAAACAAGUCAGGGACUGCUGUGUACACAAACAGGAAAAAGUUGAAAAAAAUACUGAGCUAGAGCUGUGCCGAUGGUGUGUUCUGUCCACUGUUCAUCUGUCGUCUGUGGCUCGGUGAAUGCCAAAAAUUCACAGCUCAGCUUGAAGACCCAGUACUAAGCUCUGUGACUACUGCUAUGUCUCUUGUUUACAUCCCACUAAUCCAGUUGUUGCAUAAAGCCAUAGGUCUGUGGUAUACCCUCUGGUGGUAUCCUCAAAUAAAACAUAUAAUGCAUACACAAUGCGUACACGAAUGUCAUGUUCAGCAGCAAGUCAUCCUCUGGCUACUUGCAAUUUGCCACCAGCCCUGGCUGUAGCUCUGGAUAAUGGUGACUGCUGUAAAGCCCUAUUUGAUCUUGAAAAUGGAGAUUAAGUUGUAUGUAGAUUGUCUCUGAUGGAGCAGUUAAACUGGCACAGACGUGUGGAUGUUAACCUGCAAGGAGGUCCAAAAGCUGGUGUCAAAGCGAUUAGACCAGUCAGACCCCCGAGGGUUGGGAAUUUGAUCCCAGAUGGACCUUACUUUGCAGCCUCUACCAUCAGUGUAUGAAUGUGGAGUGAAGAGGUCAAUAUGAUGUGUUAUGUUGGAAGUUAUGCUCCAAGUGUUGAGAAGAUCAGAGAAACUGCAUUAUGUAUCAUCAACUGCAAUCUUCUGACCAUGAGUGAACUUUGAUUAAUCUCUGCAGCUGCACAGAUGGUUGAAUAUGAAUGAAGCUGACUGUUUUCUUUUUAAUGCUGCCUCUUAAUAAGGGCUGUAGAGGUGGGAGAAUUCCUCCUUCUGUGAUUCAGAUGUGUGGUACUACUGCAGUGGUCCAUGUAUCUGUUGGUAGUUCAUUAUUGGUGUGAACCUUAUUUGAAAAAUGAUUGUCAAAACCCCUUUCUUCUGUUCUUCAGUAGUAUUUACAAUGAGGUUGCUUAACUGAGAAACAAGAAUCCAAACUCUGCUCUCACAUAGUAAGAUGAAUCACAUACAACUCACACAAUCUUUGUGCAUUUGAGGGAGCUUGUUGAUAUGAAUGGAUAUAAUUUCUUUGAAUAAGUUCUUUUACUCGACUUGGAUCACGGGGGGCUGCCUAUUGCAGCAGGACAGGAAGGUGGGCUGUUGUUGCAUAAAACCUCAUUUUGAUUUCGGUUUUUCCUUCAGCUUGUAUUGGUAGUCGUAUUUUUGAGCACUUGCUUAAAUGCCAGUUUGUCCACCAUGAAAAAUCGGCUCCAAUUCCCCGACCAGGCACUGUGUAACAGGGUCUGUAAGGCAGUUGUGUCUGUCACUUUCGCUGUUAAAUUUGGCAACUCUGGCUAAAGCUUCACUAAUUCCAGGCCUUUCAGCUGACACUGGCAUGAGCUGCUCCACAACUCUGCGCUGGAGGCGGCCGCAGUUUUACCUCCAGAGCUGAAGGGUAACUUGCUCAAUGAGACUUCUAAAUUUGAGACUUCUUUUUGGUGCAGAUUUGAUAAAUUGCCUCAUUUUGAUUAGUGAUUCAUCCUUUUCCAUUUGGCUUUUACUUAAAAAUGUUCCAAAAGGAGUGAAGUUGCAUUUGAUUACUGUUGUUUCUGCCUGAACACCAGCCGGUAGCUUUGUUGCCUUUUACUUUGGAGAGGAUGAAGAGAGUGGUUGGAGAAGGAAACUGGGAGAGAGAGUGGGAAGUGACAUGUUGAAAAGGGACCACAAGCUGGAAUCAAACCCAGGCCACCUGCUUGAGGACAAUAGCCUCAAAACAUUAGGCACUCUUAGACACUCUAUAACACAAGAAGGAGAGGAUCAGGGGAUACCAAAUAAAAUACCAAAUAAAAUACAAAUUGCAAAACCCCACCCACACACCUACCCUCCAAGCCUGCAUUUAACAGAGACCCCACCACCCACCCUCAAACACACACAGGAAGCCCCAGAGGACCAAGGAAACACUAUCUUAAACUAAAAUGGGGUAACACUGGAGCUGAAGCUAAACUGAUAAAACCAUGAUAAGAUAUAGAAAACUCAUAAAAUGAUAAAAAAAAUUAAAUGAAAUAAAAUAGUAACAAUAAUGAAAUAAUAAUAAAAUAAAACUGUUUUUAAAUCAAACAAUAAAAGAAAAUAAACAAGUAGUGUUAAAACAUAAAAUCAUUCUGGGACUAAAGUGGGGUAAAAUUCACAAGAUAAAAAGAGUAGACUGAAAGUGAGGCUAGAAGACUAAAACAAAAAUCUGCUAAAAGCCAGACUAAAAAGGAAGGUCUUGAGUUUGCGUUUAAAAAUAUGAACCGUAGGUGUCGCUCUCAGGUCUUCGGGCGGACUGUUCCACAGACGAGGGCCAUAAUAAUAAAACGAUGCCUCACCGUAUGUUUUGGUUCUAACUUUGGGGACUCUUAAAAGACCACUACCUGAAGACCUGAGGGCUCUACUGGGCUCAUAUCGUCAAAGCGAAUCAGAUAAAUAAGGAGGACCAAGACCAUUAAGACAUUUAUAAACUAAUAAAAGAACCUUAAAAUCUAUUCUAAAAGAUACAGGAAGCCAAUGCAGAGACUUUAAAAUUGGUGUAAUGUGGGCUCUCCUCCUGGUCCUCGUUGGACUGUAAACAUCAGGUAUGAUAAAUAUCAUCAACAAACAAUGUAGACAAAUCUAUAUUUCUGCCUAAAAAGAAGCAGAGUUGGCUUUUAUUUCAUAUUCUUGUGCCUCUGAUGCAGUCUGGGAUCAUUUUGACAACCUAAGCAAACAACACGGCAUCGUGAAUGACAUCAGCCAACACUCGACUUGACAUAUUGAUACACGGUGUCUGUGUGCGCGCUCUUGUGUGUGUGUGAGUGAGUGCGUGCAGUUCAACGCAUCAUCAGUCUUACUUGUCCAUUAGUAGCCCAAGGUCAUGCACUAAUUCCACUGACUCCGCAUCCCCUCUCCUCCAAAUACACUCACACACACACACACACACACGCAGUGACACUCUGCUAUAGGUGUGUCAGUGUUUGCGGUGAUGGAUGCAGUGUUUGUGCUGUAAACUGGUUAAUGUAAUUUAACACACACAGAGGUAUGAACUGCUGGAACUGUGAAGUUACUGAAGAUAUAAAGAGAAACACGAGCAAAGUUAUCCAAAGUCAUCGAAGCUCCAGGCUGGUCAGAGGCUUUAUUUGGGCUGGUCGAUGUGUGCAAUUAGCUCUAGUGGCUCAUGGUGUGUGGAGGCACUGAUAAAAUGUUCCUUUGAGGGGCAGUAGCAGCUUUAAGGUCAGAGGAAGGUCUCUCUCUUUAAUCCAGUUGGGAAAAUCUGGGUGGGAAAUAAAAAGUUGCACUCUGUUGGUGGACAACAUCACAGGACCUCUGACCACAGCAGUAAAUCCACGCUGUGCCUCGGGCUGUUUUUUUUCCCCGUGUUUUCAGCCGAGCGACGUCCAACUUCAACAAAGGAAAUGUACUCAUCUAACCUCAAAUCAACAGAGGUGUUGCUCAGAAACGCUCAGACAUCACACUCUUGAUGUUAGAGGCUUUGACCCACAGUUAAAGGUUCGAUACUCCGAUAAGAUUAUAAAUACUCACUAGAAAUUAAGAUGCAGAAAUGAUCCUUAUGAUCUGCAAAGUGUCUGCAAAUGUGAUUUUUUUUAUAUGAUCUUGUUACCAAUUUUAAAAAGGACAGAAACAGCCAGCUACCUCUACAGAUUUUGAUAUUGUAAUGUAAUAAAUUUAAAAUGUAUAUUUAUUUAUGUGUUUAUUAUUUAUUUCACCAGGCAGAAGUAAUCAAACUGUGCUGUCUGAGACAUAUGGCUUUCAGUAAUGUGAAAAACCACUGCGCUGCUCUCUGCUCAGGGGAUUUUUCACGCCUUUGUUUUGUCAUUGCACCCGAUUUUUUAGUUGUGGGGUGGUUGUGUAUUUGUGUACAGAGAGUGUGCUCUCCGUCUGUACUUUUUGAUUUUCCCGUCAUUGUGCACGUUUAAUGGGUAUUGAUUAUUGUGCUGUGAAGCUCUCCCUGUCAACAGUUCACUAUAAACAUACCGUAGCUGCCUCACUCCUCUGUUUUCUGUCGUCAAAAGGUGUGAAGGAGUGUGAAUCUCUCCCAUACAGGACAAUCGGAUUUGAUUCAAGCCUCAAUGGCUGCAAUUUGAUUAAAAUAAUCAUUCAUUAUUUAUAAAGAGUUGAACAAUUUCCUUCCAUACCGUUUGAUUGGAUUUGUUUCAUUUCAAUGUAAAUGAAUCACUGAAUCCUUAAAGGUUUAUUUAAUAUAAAUGAAUAAAAAAAUUGAAGAUAAAUUUGUCCUCCGAGGAAACAUCCUGGGGUUUAUUACUUCUCUGAAACAAAAGAGUAGACUCACUGUUCAGUCUGAAAUGAUCACAAACUUAAGUCUUUAUCCCCACACUUAUGCUCUGUUCUCACUUUUACGAGUAAAUGGCUGAGAAAUAUGAAAAUCUGUUUCAUGUAACACAGGUUUCUUGGUUUCCCUGCAUCUGUGGUUUCUGGAAAACCCUGAUAUCACUGCAGAGAACAUUUAUUUUCCAAAUUAACAUAAACUAAUGACAAUUAGUAUUCAUAAAAUACAUGGAUAAAAUAAAUUCCAUUAAAAAAAACAUGUUUCUACAAUUUCAUUUAAUCUGAAAUACUUGAUCUUAAAAAUUUGAACAAAAAAAUGUUGUUUAAUGUCAUUCAAUCAUUACAAUUGUUCAAAAGUUUGCACCAUCAGCAGGUUCUUGCUGAAAAUCUUUUCUUUUUCUCCAUUUUGAUCAUUUUUUUUAUGCACCAUUUAUCUUCGUUUUUUUUGCACCUUUGUGGCCCUUCAGCUGCAGCUGUACACCAGUCUACAGUUUAGUUCAUCCUUUCAAGCUGGAAAUGACCACAAUCGGAACAUUGAGGUUUGCACAAAUAAGAACCUGGAGCACAUUUGUAAUACACAUCAACAAUUUACAAGCUUCUAAUCCUGAGCUUCAAGUCACAAAAAUAUAGACAGUUAAUCGUUUCAGUAAUAGAUGACGAGCUAUAGCUGUCAAAGUGUUUCUCAGUUGAAACCAUAAUAACUGCUUUUCUUUUUUGACUUUGUCCUAAAUUUGUCUCUUUUUCAAACCAGCCAGUUACUUGUUAAUGAUCAUAAAUGAUGCGAUGUUAAAAAUGUUUGAUCACUUGACCCUUUUUUCUUCUCUCCUCUCAGAGGUGUGGCAGGGGUCAGCUUGGGGAAAACAUUCUGUAAAAAAUCACAAAUGCGGCUCUGGACAGGUUAAAGUGUCUGCGGUCCUCGGCUUCUCCGGUUAAUGAAAAUUUGUGGAUUAGACUAGAAAGGUGUUUCAACUUUUGUCCUUUGAAAAUUAAUGAAAAUGAACAGAUACCCUUGAAAGUUCGUCUCCUAAUUUAAAAACCUUGCGCCUGUAUUCAUCAGCGUGCCUCAGCUCACUGGGCUUUUCUCCUCCCUAAAUUUAACAUCUCACCUCUAGAGGAAAAAACAAGGUGAUGGAUGCUGGGGUUGAUGUAGAUGCAGUUUUGGAAUAAAUGAUUUUACAAGGAUUUCUGGACUUAAUAGGAUCUUGCGGUGAAGAGGCGGAGUUUGUGGUGUCUUCUUUAAUUAAUGUCAGGUCGUAUCUCAAAAUGUGCCACUUCUGAAAUUCCCUAAUACCAGCAAACAAGACUUUUAAAAGUUUGUGAAAAAUCCUUUAAACUGAAGUAAGUUCGAAGAUCUCUGUAUGCGUAGGGCCCAACUGAUAUGGAUUUUUUGGGGCCGAUGCCGAUACCAAUUAUUAGAGGGUAAAAAAAAAUCCAUUUACCCGCCCCCCGCCAAUCGGUGCCUCUGCGUCUUAACUCACGUUACUCAUUUCCGGUCCGGUCUCAUCUGGAGACAUGCAGCUGCCUCCGUAAGAGAAGUAGCUCGAUCACGUUAUGUGUACUGUUGUUUAUUCUACCGUUACUGGCACGGCUAACAGUGUAGCAAGGCUAAUAGCAGGUGGCUAACUCUAACUUUAGCUUGCAUAUUACAUGGUGCUUCACCGUUAACUCGGCGUGACCGAGACCAGCAACAGCGAGGAACAUUGUGAAGUGGGUUGAACUGAAACUUGUUGACUUAUUGUGUAUUUCACAAACUGGUUUAUUUACCGUUGAGGCGGACCACUCUCCUCCGUGCGUCCCUGAGCCGCCUGCUUCAGAUCCGUCACUCUGCUGUGCUGUGAGGUAGUUAGUGGAUGAAGAUUGUCAUGAGGUCGCUGCGCCAUCUACAGGAUAAGUGGGCGGAUCUUUUCAAAUUGCGCUACAUUUUUGAAGUGAAACAGAAUCUUAUUCUCUGCAUUUUUUUCUGAAAAUAUCGACGAAAAUCUGCGAGUAUUAGCCGAUUAGUCUCAAAUGGGCUAAAAGUGGCCGAUUUAAUCGUCUCGCCGAUAAAUCGGUCGGGCCCUAAUGUGUAGAACUUCAAACUCAAUCGGUUUCUUGGUAUGUCUUUUUAAUGACAUUAGGAUUAGAUUCAGGCAACAUGUGAGUCAACAGGUGUGUAUGCAUGCGAGGGAUUGUUUUCAGGUGUCUGUAUGCCAGCCCAAACGUUUACAGUCAGUGUGUGUGUGUGUGUGUGUGUGUGUGUGUGUGUGUGUGUUGGUAUGAGUCACCCAAAGAGAUAGAGCUUGAGUGUGUUUCUUUGUGUGUGUGUUUAUGUGUCGCAGUGUUGUGUAACCCUGACUAAUGAAUCAUUGAGAAGCCCGGCGGUCCAGGGGUGACUUGACUAGCUGAUUGGUAAUUAAUUGUUAAUGAGGCUUAGCAAGCAAACAAGGAUCAAGAGAGAGGAAGGAAAUGACAGAAAGCUUCAGAGAUGAAAGGACACAAACUUUUCGGGGACAACAGAAAGAGGGAGUAAGAUUUAGACCAGAGCCGCUGAACUGACCAGAUACGGCAUCGAGGCCUGGCUUUUGAUUAAUGGGAUGUAUGUGUGCACACAACCCAUGCACAUAAGCAAUCGCACACACUCACACACUGAGGUGCCUGAGUGAUUCUGCAUCACAAUGCCACAGGGGAACAGAAGAGACUAAAAGGGGAUUAAGAUGGACAACUCAUCUACUGUUGCAGCUCUCUGGGGCUUAGUCUCUUUCCUACUCUACACACACACUUACACACACACACAUGAACAUAAAUCUACACCAGCAGACUAGCUUGGCAUCUACCUGGUUUUAUUUAUCGAUGUUGUUUGAGAGAGAGCUUGUUAACGGCUCCUGGGUUAGGCUCAGUGGUCGACCUCUAAGAAGAGGAAAUCCAUUAAUUUACUCAUCAUCACACCUGCUAACAAGUGUUGCAGGGUUUCACUUAGCAGAGCUGUAAGGGGCCACUUUACAUAUCUUGAGAUUAAGCCUGGCGCCGCAGCGGCCUCUGUCAUGGAGCUGCUGCAUGAGGGAGGCUACUGCGCUUUGCCUUUAUCAACUCGCUUCAUGCUACAAUAAUUACCUCUAUGUUUCCCAACGAGCUCACCCACUGUGUCAGUAGUUACAAAGAUAUUAAAAUACACUUACAAAUCUUUGAUGACACACUCCCUGUGGGGUUGGUACACUUUGGCCCAGGGGUGCUGGUGCUGGUGGAAGUGCUCUCAGGAAUGUGGCUGCAGCUAAAGACUAUUUGAAAGUCAUUCAAAAACUCGUCAUUGAUUACUGGAAUGAUUAAUUGGCUAAUGAGAUAACAAAGGGCUUAAUAACUUAAAGGCUAUCAUUUAGCUGUAGGCUUUUAAACUACCAUUACUCUUUAAUGACAUUAAAUACUUCAUUCGUGAGGACAGAUGAUUUGAUAUGUUGGGUAGUUACCACAGGAACGUGGUAGGAGUUUGGUCCACCGUCUAGUGAGAGGAGAUAAGGAAGACGGAGACAAGAGGAGGUGAGGAAAGAUUAAGGGUAAAGAUUUUUUUAAGGUGAGAGAAUGAAAACCCCCAAACUAAGUGUCGAUAACUUCAGACUCUUCAGCUGAAUGUCACAAUUGACGUUUUAAAGAGGGACUUCCAGAGAGCCUUUUCUUCAAAUGCCUCGUGUAUUACUGAUGUGCUCCCACAAGAAGCAAGGUCCUUCUCACAAAUCAUGCAAGCAGUCUUUUUCCUUGGAGUGAUGAGAGCCCAGCUAUUGAUGCUGUUUGGAUACCAGUCGCUUCUAGCCACACUUAACAGAGUCAGUGGAGAUGCUGGAUCGUUCAUUCCUCAGCAAUUCAACUCCAGAAAGUGAUGGUAUAUCCUCACACCACACAAAACGUAGGGCGGUGUCACUGGUUUAUAUAUCACUAUAAAAUCUGCAGAUGAUGUUAUCUUCUUGGCUUCAUCGGACCGUAACCUUUAGCCCUCACUGCAUCGGUUCGCAACCAAGUGUGAAGCGGCUUGGAUGGGAAUCAGCUCCUCUAAAUCUGAGUCUGUGGUUCUCAGCUGGAAAAAGGUGGAGUGCCUCUCAGGUCGGGGAGGAGAUGGAGUGGGGUGAUAGGUAAUCUGAUGAGGACAGUAAAGAUCUGUGGUGUAAAGAGGGAGCCGAGUUAAAAGGCAGAGCUCUCGGUACACUGGUCGAUCUACGUUCCUCUCCUGUGGUCACUAGGUGUGGCUAGUGACCGAAAGUAAAAGAAACCAGCUACAGGCGGACAAAAUGAGUUUCCUUGGUCUGAAGACCACAAAUUUGAAAAUUAGAGCAACAUGUAGGGCUGGGCAAUAUGGCUUCAAAUCAUUAUCACGAUGUAUUGAGCAGUUCACCUCGAUAACGACAAAUGGAUGAUAACUACUUCAGAAACUGCUCACCCCCUCCCACAUUAACUUCGUCUACUUCAGCCGCUUUAGCUUUUGAACUGUCCUCCAUCUCCUCACCUGUCUUUCCCUCGUUGUUACAGAGGGAAAUGGGGUGGAGUCAUGUCUCUGACGUAGGUCAGCGUCUUGAAGGGACAUGAGACCGUAGCCCACCUACACACAUCCAAAACAACUUUUAUUCAUUUAUUUUUUUUGGCACUGAAUAUACCAGUAUGGGCAAAAUGACAUCUGUUAUUGUCAUAGAUUUCAGUGUCAAUAAAUUUUUGGUUCAUUGCCCAGCCCUAGCAACAUGUGAAGUGACCACAGCUCUCUAGCCUUCAUCUCAACAAGGCCGACAGCGUUCUGGCCACUGUAUGGUCAGGAAUAUGUGGUCAGCAUUAGUGGCUCUGUGGCUGCUCCCUGUGGUCUGGUUGAAUGUUGCAAAUAACAUAAUUUCCAUUUGCACACUUACUUAAGUAGCUCCCUGAAAGUGUUAGAAAAUGUUCUCCCAAAUCUUCUUCUCACGUCUCAAACAAAGCAGAGCUUCGUGCACUAAAGCCCGGUCUAUGAGGAAGUAGUUUUCAGAGUUUAAGGAAAAAUCUCACCAUCUCACACCCAAAGCGCUGACCUCAUACCUAAUGAAAAAGCUUCAGUAUGAACUGGGAUACUGGCUGUGAGCUAGUAUUUCUCAUACCACAGCAGUGUCUGGCCUUACUGAUGCUUUGUUGCUGAAGAAGAAAACUCCUGCCACCAGGCUCAGACAUCUUAUGGACAGGUUUUAUUUUGAAGAGUGAAGGCUGUCAGGUGUUGUUUGUUUGUUUGUUUGUAGACUAGAUGUGCAAAGUCCAAAACAUAUCAAAAGUGAGGUGAUAUUGUUCAGUGUUGGUAUAACAAAAUAAAGUGUGAUAAACUAACCACAGUUUUGAUAUCUAUCAGAUGCUUUCUUUCACAUAUUGCUAUAUUGAUGAGAGUGAAACGUACUAUCUAGCCCUACUUUAAAUAUUCACUAAUUUUGGGUUCAUUAAUUUACAAUUUUCUUUGUUUUUGAUGAACUUUGUUUCAAUGUCCAGACCUUUUGAUUUAUUCCCUUUGGUUUUAUUGAUGGGCUGAUAAAUUCUCACCACGGGACAUGUUCAGAAAGUUGGUCCGGCUUGAACAGAGUAGCCUUCUUCUUCAGUGUGUGUGUGUGUGACUUUUAAGAAUAAGCUCAUAUAUCAAGUUGGGAAUCCAAAGUAGCUCUCUGCUUUGAAAACAGUUUGAAGGUUUUACUACAGCUUGGUUAUUGAGAAGGUGAUGUGAAGGGCGUGAAGGACAAUCCUACGAGAGAACCGCACAAGUGUUUGUGUGUGUUUGUGUUUGUGUGUGUGUGUUCCCAUUGAACUGCUUGGCCUUUUGAUGUUUCUAUGGCAGCUGCAAACUAAAGCAUGCUGUGGUUGCUAUGACAAUAAUGAAAGGGGUUGACUCUUGGUUGGUACCGUGUGUGUGUGAGUGUGGGCAUGUGUGUUUGUUACAGACCAGAUAUGGCACGCUGUUAGACUGUGUGACAGAUGCUCAUGGGGGAUUCAUUGUGUGUGUGUGUGUGUGUGUGUGUGUGUGUGUGUGUGUGUGUGUGUGUGUGUGUAACAAGGGGGUCUUUCACAGUGCUAGCCUGUGGUAAGUUAAAUGACGCCCCCCACCACUCUCCUAAAACACCACCACCACCAUCCCAUCAAGACCACCCCUCUCUCAUCUCUCCAGGGAUUCAUCUCUGGGUCACUGCUUCCCUCUGCUGCCCCCGGUAGCCAUGGUUACAGCCUCAAGCGUCACCCAGGUCGACACACAGAGGAGUGGGAGCGAGUCUCGUCUUGGGCUUCAGUGACUUUUGGAGUUUGCCAUGAAUUAUAACCCACCCACAGGCUCUAGGGGAUGAAGCAGGCUGGCGGUGGCUGAAAUAUGGCUGCGGUUUUGUUUGCUGUGAUAUAUGGAGGCAGCAGUGCAAGCCACGCUACACUGCUCUCUGGUUGCACUUUAUUUCUCAGCACAGAAAUUACUGUGCUUGUUUAUGUAGGGAGAACAGAGGGCAGAGGUAAUUAUAGUAUAAUGGUGCAUGGGGAGCUUUGUGGUUGGGUGGAGAUCAAGAAUUAAUAACAAACAGACCUUAAAGCUCGUUUAAUAAGAAAGAGGAGAAGAGCUUCUCGUGGACAAUUUGUAACCUUGUGUGUAAAUGUGUCUGUUCAAUGGAAAGAAUUUAUUUUAUUUUGAUAGGGACAAUGCAAUUAAACACAGAUCCAGUGCAGCGUGAAACUCGAGCAGUGAGAGUUUACAGCUUUUACAUAUUUUCCUCUGAGAGGACCGUUUGAUUGCUCUUCACCGGCAUUGAACCUGUUGCUAAGGUUGUUUUCUCGGGAUUUAUUUUGUUUUAGUGAAUGUCUGCUCGAAUUUACCUCUUUAUGGCUCUUACUUAGCUCAACAGUGUCGUGUUGAGUUUGCAAUCCAACAUCUUAUCUUGACACAUCUUAAAAGAGGUUCAGAGGCUAGGCUGUCGAUGUCGAUGUAGAUUUCUGAUCUGCUUGAGUUAACAUUUAAAAGGUGUGAAAACCCAAGAAUUACUUAAAAUACAACAAAGAGAUAAAUUAGAACUAAAUCAACUUCAGACAUGAAUGAUUGUAACUUUCUGGAUUUUAUCUAUUUAUGCAAAGUGCAGUUGUGGUUAUUUCUUUUCAUGAUUGAAAUCAUUUUCUGGUUUUCUACAAUUAUGUUAAAUGUUUUCAUCUGCAGGGGUGUUGUAUUUUAAGAUUUCCUAUCAAAGUUAAUUAGUGUAAAAGUGUGCUGCUCUGGCUCUGCUGCAAGUGUGUCUUUCCUUGUUCGUCUGUUUUUACUCAUAACUCUAUUCGACUCCAUGUCCUGCCAACAACUCCUGCUACUUCACCUAAGUGAAAAAUCUGAGCACUUGUACUGCUGGAUAAUAAUAACAUGAACUGUAAAGGGUGUCACAGAUUAAGUCAUUUACUGCCUUUAUUACUGUUUAGGGUUGCAAAAUUCCAGGAAUUUUCAAAGCAGGAAACUUUCCGUGGGAAUUAGCGGGAAUAAAUCUGAAACUUACAAAAUUGAAGGUUGGGGAAAAUAUAUUGCAUCAUAAUCUUGGCUAAAACAACCAGAUUUAAAACAAGUACACUCCUCCAUCACAUGCACACAGCACACUGCACUUACUGCAGUGUGCUGCAGUGGACUAUUGAGUCCACACCUCCAACAUGCACUGUGCAUUCCUCCAUCACAUGCACAGAUGAUUUUUUGAACCCUGGAGGACACACUUGUGAGCCCAAAGCACAAGACAUUUGAGUCCACAGACUUUAUAAAGUCAAUUAAGUUUGGAUAAUAUUAUGGGGUAAAAAUAUUUGAUCUAUAAUAGUAUGAAUAUUUAACCUGCAAAAAUUAAAUAAAAAUAGGGGUAAAUGUAAGCUAUUUUUCUUUUCAUUGGCCAUUUAGGGGCUAUCUUAUGAUAUUAUGGUGGUGGUAGCUACCUCAAAUGUGAUGCUGUUUCUUCUGACUCCUGCAAGAGGGUUCUCUGUAAUCAUACAAUAAUUUAUACAUCAGUUAAGUAUUUUGAAGACCAUUCCAGUUUUUUAGCCAACUAUAUUUCUGUUCUUGCCAUUGUUCAUUGCCAUUUAUUGUGUUAUUUUGCAUGGAUGUCUGCUUAUGACAAAACAAAAAUACAUCAAUGUUUGGAUAUGAUUCAGUUUGUUUAAAUUACCCCCAAUUUCCAGUUAAUUCCCAUAAAUUCCCAAUAAUUCCCAUGGAAAGUUUCCAAUUUGGAAUAUUUCCAAAAUUCCCAGGCUUAACUUUCUGGAAAUUUACUGGAAAUUUUCCACCCCUUUGCAACCCUAUUACUGUUGUACAUAUUCAUCUGUAGUCAUUUGAAAUAGUUACAAACUCUUUUUUAGUGAUAACUUCCCUUUUUAAAAAAUUUGGACAGAAAGAUUUAAUUUUUUUGUGAAUACCUAUUGAUUCCAAAUAUUAAAUCAGUCAGUGUCAGCAAUGGAAAACUGAUAUAUCUGUUGAAGCUCAGGUGCUUUUCUGAUCAUUCUUUGUCCUCAUUCAGCUUUUUUCCUGAUUUUAAAUUAUGCAUCAGAAAACCAUUUAAAAUACUAUGUUAUAUUAUUCCCUGUUUGCUCUCUAAACACUAUUUUUAAAACCGUAACGAGUGAGUGUCUAUGAACAACAGCUUUCACCUUAACUGCUGAGCAAGCUGUUCAGAUUUGACACAAUGACAACAAACAACAUCAAUCAGCAUGUUUUUCGCAAGGAGGGUUUUGACGAGAACAUCGGCAUGUGUGGUGGUGUGACUGCUUCCACUCGUACUCCAUCAUCUACCCACACUACAAGUUCACGACAGCAUUCACGGUUUCAGUCAAACAUCCACGCUUUUAAUCAUUUGAAAUGUGAACCGCAGCAGCAGAACAUUGUUUUUGUUUGGUGUUUCGGCUCUAAUCGCAUCACUCUUCACAGAUUCGUGUUGCAUGCAGAAAUUGUAGGAGCGAGUAAUGUCUUUCACCCCCUGGCCAGAGUCUGUAGGAGGAUGCUGGGGUGAUGAUGAUGGGGCUGGAAGAAUGAGCACAGUGCUGGUGUAAAGGCAGCGGUGACAGUGACGGAGCAGAGGAAGAGCUCCUGCAGCCGACUUUAGAUAAAGACUGCUUCUUUUAGGACGUAAUCAAACCUUGAAGACAAGGAAAAUUUUAGACAACUGCUCAUCUUAAAACUGUGUACACACAAUGCUUACUCUGUAUACAAGGUUACGGUUAGAUAAUAUUGUUUUGGUGAUAUUUUUGUUCUACUGAAUUGGCACAAUCAUUUAUGGUUGGAAGUUGGAAAACAAUGACUCAGUCUUGUUUUGUGUUCGGAGAACUUUUCUCAUUUGAACUUGUCCUCUGGCUUCUUUUGUGUCAAAACUCUUGACACUCUUGUUUUUUUGUGUUUGGAAUAUUCAGCAGGCAUAUGAAACAGAUUGUUUUAGUGAAUCAUUUUGCCCAUAAAAUGUAAAAAACAAAAGUAAAUCAGAGCCCAAGUUGAAAUCACGGUGACUCUUGUUCGACUAUCAAACAAAAGUAAGAAAAGGACAAUAUAUAUUUACCUUUGGUAUACAUAGAAACAUAAGAAUUUAACUUAUUUUAUCAUGAACAGCCACAGUUUGCUAAAUCAUAAUGACCUACCUAAACAAGUAAAAGCAUAUGCUUCUUUUAAAAGUUAGUACCAAAACUUAUCUGGAGCUUUGCAUCAGCAUCUGUUCAGGAAAUUUAAAUAUUGAUUCAAAGUCCCGUCUGUGAGUGAGGCACAAAUAUGCUGUUGUGUUUGAAUAGCUGUAACUUCGAUUCACAUAUGUAGAGGCUUUAGUGGUCUACCAAUCACUCUGUAAAUCGAGCACUUUGGAUAUUUACAAUAAUUAAAAAGAGUGAAUACCACAAUGAGGCUCUGCAUUAACUAGAGAGCAUUUAGCACACAAAUGUAGUCCUUUGAAUUGAAUCCAGCUCCGGUCUCUCUCUGGUGUCAUUUGUCUGAAUAAAUUUAAUGUCAUUUGUCGCAGUGAUUUUGCCAGCACAGCUAUUACUUUUCUUAAAGAUUUGACGUCUCUUUCUGCUUCAGAACUCCUCACUCAUUCUGGCCGUCUCAGUACAGAGAGGACUUGCAGCGGGCAAUCCUCCAGCUGGAGAAAAGUGUGUGUAAACAGUAUAAAAGUGAUGUGUUGUUAGUGCUGCGUUCAGCACUAUGAUCCAUAUCUACAGAAGGUGUCGGCUCACAGCUGUAUACGACAUAUAAAUAUAUUUUUUAUAUAGACCACCAGUGACUGAGCCGCCAUGCUGAGGUUUCUGCAGUGUCUUAUAUAAGCUCGGUGAAGCACACCCUCAGCACUAUUAUCUGGUCUCAUGCUGCCGAGCUUAUGGCUGAAUUAUAUUGAGAAUGUAUAUUUUUUUCUACUUCUCCGACUCGCUCCCUUAUUAAUGUGCUCAGCGGGCCCUUAAUGCUCUCUCUGUUUUCCCUCUCCAGAAGUUUACCCUUCUGGCACCACUUCUCUGCUUCUUCUUUUCCUCCUCGAACUCAAAGUUUUUUAAUUCUCCUCCACCUUUUCCUUCACUUUUAAACCUCCAUGGUUCGGUUCCUCUUCUCCUCUUAUUGCAAUUAUGUUUUCUCUCAUUUAAAUCUCUUGUGUCUCUCCAUAAAAUUUUAUUAACUACAAAUUCUUGUUCUUAUUGAAAUGAGAGAUCAGGUUGAGAUCUAGUGUUUGACAUACUCGUAUUUAGCUGAGAGUAGGGCUGGGUGAUAUGGCCUCAAAUCAAUAUCACCAUAUAUUGAGCAGUUCACUUCGAUAAUGGACGAUAACUACUCUACAAGCUGCUCUCCCCCUCCCAUAUUAACUUUGUGUACUUCAACUUUUGAACCGUCCUCCAUCUCCUCUCCUGUCUUUCCCUCUUUGUUACUGACUGGAUGGGGUGAAGUCACCUCUCCAACGUAGGACAGCGUCUUAAAGGGACAUGAGACCAUAGCCUACCGACCCACAUCCAGAACCAGCUUUUAUUUAUUUAUUUUUUCGACACCGAAUAUAUUGACAUGGGCAAGAUGACAUCUGUUAUUGACGUGAAUUUCGGUAUCUGUAAAUUUUCGCUCUAAUGCCCAACCCUAUCUGUCAGCCCCUCAUAUGUCUUUGUCAUUACCCCUUUCUAAUUCGUCAUGUCUGCUCUUCAAAUAUGCUUUAACUAAAUCACAGCAAUUAUAACCACUUAAAUAAAGCUGGAAUAUGUCUUACAAACUGCACACUGAUGAUCUUUCUCAAAGACAGUGUGACACUCCUGCACUACUGACAAUUCCUUUCAUGUUUGACCAUAAAAACAACCCUGACUUUGUCCAACAGGUGACUUCCUCUGCACGAAAAUAACCCUUCUCUCUGAUAGCCGUUAGAUCUAGAAAGAAUCAGACCUAAGAUAUCAUUUGGACUUGGCAGCAUGUAAUUAAUGUAACAAAGAUAAGAUCCCAUAAAAUCCUGGUAAACAUUGCUUACUGGUAUUUUUGCGCACUUUGAUUGUUUGUCCAUUCCCUUCCCGAAAACAUCAUGAGGUUGUCAAUGUUGUCAAUCUUAUAUAAUUAUAUGGUCAGGGCCUCAUAUCCUCUCUCCUGUGUUAGCUUUUACUAUGCACCCACUAUGUUAAGGGUCGGUUUUGACCCGUGUCUUAAAUCAGCUGUAAAUUACACUAAAAACAAUUCUCUAUCAUCCAAUUUGGUUCUCAUCUCUAGGUCACCUUGUUAGGCUUCAUUAUCCAUGAAAAUAUUGUUCAUAAUAGUUUUUGUAGUGGUCCUCUGGGCCUUUCUCUGUCAGUAUACCCCUCACACAGACAUCUAUACUGAAUUGAUCUCACAUGUCCGAUGUUGUUUUUUGUGCAGGGAAAAACUAGACUAAAUGAGAAUUUCCUAAAUCUCACAUGAUUGGAAGAGGAUCUGACUGUCAGUGUGGUGCCUGACAGUGCACUUAUGAUUUCAGUUUUUGCUCUAAUUAUUAGAUAUUGAUCUAACCAGGUCAACAGCGACUCUAACACGACAAGUGCCAUAAUUUUAAUAAGAGCAUUUUAUAAUGUAAUCAAUUAAUUUUUUUUUUUUUUUUUCGAAAUAGAGGUUCCUGACAAAGUCAAAAAGUCUUGAAGCAAAAAAGCUAAUGUAAGUGGUUCUUUUAAGCAUUUAAAAAAACGGGUUGGUGCAGACCCCAACACAGGGGGAGGGAUAUCUAGAUUGUCUCAUGUCUGCUUCACAAGUCACGAAUAUUUUUUUUAAUAGGUAACUACCUCAUUUAUCAGGGUUAAGAUUUAAAACUCAUGAAGACAUUUCAGUUUGUUUUGAUGUAGUGACACCUGUGGAUUUUGCGCGUACGCGUUGAUUAAGUGUUUCUUGAUGAGAAUCUCGUUUUGCCCGUAUCACUCAUGGGGAAUCAUCUCUGCGGUAAAAGGUAAAAAAUGACUCUUCAGCAGCUUGCUGUCGCUCACUUUGUCUGACACCUGACUCAUGGCAGCAGUUUCAGACAGUAAAAAUAACCUCAUAGAAAAAGUCAGUCUCUAAGCUAAUGGUCUCUCACUUUUCAGAGACACCAUAGAUACAAAAAUAAUUCUUAUUCCAGUCUUUUUCGUAACCGGAAACCUUUUCAAAACAGGAACUUCAUGUAGUCUGAUUCUGGCAGAAAUGAAAUGACGUUCCCUGUAAUGCCAAAGUUACAGAGCUGUUUAGUGUUUUUAAACUUGAGGAGGAGUCAUUCAUCAUAGAUUGUGGCUACAUUUUUGGGGGCUGAGACUUUCAGUAACAAAAAAACCUGCAGGAUGAAUCACCGUAUCGAAGUGUCAAGUUUUCUCCAAACAACCUGAACACAUUUGUCUGUUUUUUGAAGAGUUCACCGGUUUCAAGGACAUUUUAACUUGGAAAAUUAUCAAAGAGUGCGACAACACAAAAAAAACUUUGAGCAGUGUUGAAUCAACAGAGCACUCCUGUUGAAGAGCCAAGGUUUUUGGACCACUCCAUAAAGCUGUGCUUGUACUUAAACUCAACACUCGGGCUCGGGAUCGUUUCCUGUAGUUUUUGCAAAAGCAGCUGACAGUUUCCUCUCAGCUGAACCUGGUUGGAGUGUUUUUCUCUUUGUUUGAGCCACUUUGUCAUCAAACCAGUUUGCAAUCCAUGUUUUCACACAGUGUCACUAAUUGCUACCUUGACAACGUGGAAUUUGGUUCUAGGAGAUUGGUCGCUAACUGUAUGUGUCUUUAUUUUUUACUGUCUACUUAAGAUGAAACUAUUUCUGGACCAAUACAAAAGAUUUGUCAACAGUAUCUCUGUAGAAUCAGUUAGUUUGAAGUUUAAAUUUGUUAUUUCAAAACAAAGUACUAAAAAAAUACUUCAGCCUCAGCAUUACUCUGUGUUCAGUGCUAAAAAGCAUGGUUUGGUAGUUCAAAAAUAACCUGGUCAGAUUGAAGCGAUUGAGUUGUGUCAGAUUAUGAAAAUUGUUGUUUAAAAGAAAAAAAAAGGAACCGGUUUUGUAAAAAAAAUCAGAUUUAGUUGUAAUCCGGAUAAGAAAUCCAAGUUUUUAAUGUCCAAACUGUUGAAUAAGGUUGAAAUGACUUUGGAUUACAUUGAUUCCUGGAUAGAUUUAAGAUGGACCACAGAAACAAAAUAUAAUAAAAGUAUAUUAUGAUUAUGACACUAACAGGAAUAAUUUGGUUUUGAUUGACCAAAUCACUACAAGUAGAAGUCAUGGACCUCAGAGUUUUUUCAAACAUUUUCAGCAUGAACAUAAAAUAUUCAUCAGAGAUGGUUGUGCAUAUCCUACUUUAAGUUAAAUAUGGGCCAUUUAGCCUCUAUUAGUAAGAAGGAUGAAGAUCCAGCACAUAUUGGGAGGAGAGAGAGAGCGUGGGGUAGAUGUGCAGUAGAGAACAGAGGUUUAAAAUGAACCCACAGCAACAAGGACUAGAACCUCUGUAUGAGGCACACAUUUAAACCUAUGAUCUAAGCAAGAGCUGCACAGUUUAAGACAAAAACUACUCAUAAAGAAUUUAAGUUUUCACGUGUUUCAUUGUACUUUUUAUUCUUUUUUCCUCCUCCACUUUGACCAAACUUCACCCAUCCCUCUGACAGCAGCUCUGACACCUUUACCUGACAGUACAUGGGGAGUUACACCUUACACUUACUCAUAAUAAACGCACACGACUUAUAAGAAAUUAAUCAUUAUCUUGCAGUGAUGUUUAAUUUGCAUCACCAGCUCUGUGAUAGAAACUCCUAAUGUGAUGUGAUGUCUUCUGUCAUCAUUUAUGCAGACACCCCACUGAAACUUGUAGACACUGAAAGGAAACACUGGGUGGUCCUGUUGACAGUCAGUCUGCGUGCUUACAUUGUUGGUUCUGCAGUGUUGCUUUUGCACAUCCGCACAUCAUAGAUGCAACAGUAAAAUAAAUAUGUUCAUUAAGCCAGUUACGUAACUCAGUACCAUCGCUGUCUGGCUCCUGUGUUUCCACCCUUGGACAAAGUAUGUAGUAUGAAGUAUAAAGUCUCAUUUUGAGUAGGAGUGAUCUGGAUUAGUUCAUCUUUAAAAAUCUCUCCAGAAAAAACAAAAGUAAGAUGAAUUACUGAAUUCUGAUGGAGGAAAAUUAGAAGGAAAAAUUCCGUCUGCUGAACAUCGGCAGUCGGAGCGAGCGUGUUCGUGUGUUGACAUUAGCAUUUAGCCCUUUAGCCAAAACAGCUUGAAAGUUGUUUCCAUCUUAUUUGUCCUCAUUAUUGUUUUUCCUGUCUUUUCUCUCCACAGGACUGGGUUUUCCUCACUCGCUUCUGUUUUCUUACCGACUUUGGACGCCUGGACUUCAGGUUCCGCUAUCCAAAGGUAGAACAAUCCAGAAAAGAUGCGUGUGUGUGUGUGUGUGUGUGUGUGCAUGUGUAUCGUGAAUUUGUAUAACAUCAUGUAUUUUAAUAAGCCUCAGCCUGCCCACGCAUUUCUUUUCUCUCUGUAUACAUAAUUGCUUUACUUGUCUCCAUCUCGUUUCUUUCUUUCAUCUUACUCUCUUUCUGUCCUUCCUCUCAUCACCUUUAAACCCGUAAGAGAGACAUCUCUUUAUGUCUCCUCUUUCCUCCCCUCUUUUUCCAUCUCCUCCUCCUCCUCCAUCUUCUUUCACUCGCGCCUGCUCUAUAUUUCCACACAUCUGUUUCGUUCUUCCGCCCUGUCUUGUUUUUCCCGUGCGUAGCUUUACUGUCAUAGCCUGCAGACUUUGGAAACAGUUUUGGUCGUAUAAAUCUCAAACCAUCUCACUGCCUCCUCUGAUCUAUGUACUUGCUCUCCCCUCUCUUUCUGUCUCUCCUCGGCGCAGUCUCGCUGCUGUCAGAACAUAUUGCUCUACUUUGAUGACAGCUCUCAGUGGCCAGCUGUGUACAAGAGGCCUGAAAAGGUGAGAUACUGACACCCUCUGCAUCAUCUCUUACGACAGGCCAUUAUUAAAGAGAAAUACGGCUCCCUUUACUUAUCGCACGUCAGCGCUUUAAUGAAAAAGCGCUGUGACUCCAAUUUAGAUAAUUUUCACAUUUAGCUUGAACUAGAGGAUCACACGCUGCUCAGAAUAAAACAAAGCUGUCUUUCUCAGUUCCUGAAAGGCCUUUCACUCGCAGGCAGUGAUUUAUUAUUGAUGAUACAUGCAGCGAUCAAGGAUGGUGCAAUCCAUAUUUGUGAACAGAGAGCUUUGCCAUUAAGUGAAGCGGUUCCACAAGAAGUGACAGCAAGGAAAUCGUCUGUAGAUAGACGUAUGUAUUUUGUCCAGGAACUGAUGAUUGAACAACUUAUUUUUUUGGACAGCAACAUGUUUGUUUGACUUUGAACCUCGAUCAGGUCUUGAAUGUGUGUGAAUCUGUGAUUUAAAAGAUAAAGGGCUUUCUAUUUUUACUCUCAUAUAGGGUGAACAGUUCAGGAAUGACAGAAAAUGUUGAUACUGAUGUGCUGUUAAUAAGUAGAGUGUCGGUGCAGAAAAUAGCUAUGAAUACUAUUCACCCACAAAUAUCAGCGACCAGUCAAUAAUCAAUAAUCCCUCAGACAUGAAAGUUAGGACUGGUCUCAUUUCAAAUCCAGUCUGCUCGACUCCAGAUCAGCCCAAAGCAAUCAAAAAUGAACAUCUUUCCUCCUAUUUAACGAAGUGCAGUUUAUUCACUCAAGAGUUAUUCCUAUAUCUGGUUGGUUAACAAACUCUUUCUUCCGUCCACAGUCUGUGUACUUUGAACAUCUGGUUGAUACGGAUUUUUCCAGUCUCCAUCUGAGAUCUGAAGCUCUUAUAGAGCAGAGAAAGUGUUCUUACUUAAUAUUCGUCUCAGCUAUAGGAACAGCAUGCAUGAAUCCUUAAUCUGCAUGCAUUCAGCUGUAUACUCUUCAGUCAGCUGGUACAGUGAGCUAUUACACGAUAUAGUCUAUAAAAUCAACAUUAAAUUGCUUUCACAGUCAAUAAAUAAUGUAGAAAGCAACCGUUUCUGGAGGCAGACGACGCUACUCUUCCACUCACCCAGUUUAGAGCUGCACCUUAUGCCAGCCGUGGAUUUUUAUCUCCAACAAAGCGUCUGAUAGAAUCGUUGCACGGUUGUGUUAUGAGAGUGGACUCAGUUUCUCAAUAAAGCAUUUUACUCUCAGUAUUAUUUAGAGUUUAGAGGAGAAUCCAGGUUUAACUUGUGCAGCGCUGUCGGAAAAUAGAACAACCUCUCAUUUCUCGGCCCAUGUCAUUGUUUGGUUGUGUAUUCUUCUCGCUGACAUCUCUUGACAGAUAGAUGGGACAUUAUUUAUGUGUGUUUCCGGCACAGCUAAAAACAGUGCACCAUUUGUCAGCUCCAAGACCGAUUUUUGUGUCAGUCUCCCAGAAUCAAAUACCAUAGACUUUAUGCAUCAUUUUGCAGUAAGAUUCAUUGAGCAGUCACACAGAGAGAAAUCCAUUACAGAGGAGACCAAAAAUAUCAAUUUUAAUUCCUCUUACAGCAGCUUCAGUAGAUUACAAUUACAUUUUGUUUAAGCACACGAUUAGCUUCCAGUCUGGUGUGCUUGGUUAAUACUUAAUAUUCAUACAGCAGAAUGUAGGUGUAAACUGGAGCUGUGUGCAACAAGCUUGGGCACUUCUUCAAAGCUGUAUUGGAAAAAAAGUUUUAUAUAUAUAUCUGUAAAGACUGGAAUAGGAAAGGAUGAGAGGGACUUUGGUUUCAAAUGUUUUUCUCAUAUUCAUCAUUGUGUCUUCUCUCGUCAGAACUGCUACCAGAAAGAAGCGGUGCUGAGGCCCGAGAACAACCAGGUCAUCAACCUCACAACACGCUACACCUGGUCAGGCUGUGUGGUAAGGACACACACACUCAAUCACACAAGUGGCUUCACAGAAACACACACUCGGCACAGCAGCAUCCUGUAACUGAGAGUCUAACGCAUAGAUGCUGUUUUCUAACUUGAGUUAACCUUUUAUAUUAUUGUGUUUUCAUAUGCAGUGUGUUAUGUUACAGACCAACACAGUUCCAUUUUAUUGCGAUACUUUUGCACUUAUUUUCAUCUUUACAUCUGCGUACUUCUUUGUGAUGCUAAAAUGAACAGAGAAAAAGAGACACGGUGGCAGCUAAUGGCCUCUAAUGUGUUUUCCCUAACAUUGUACCGAGUCACACAUUUGCACUCUCGAUGAUACAUCCAAUAAAUCAGAAAGGGUCCAAAAGACCCUUUUCUCCUGCAACACCUCUUUUAUUAUUUUUUUUUUUUUUUAAAGAAAAAAUAUCCCCUUUUCUCUUUUUCAAUAAGCUACACAAUGUGUUUGUUUAUCACAUUAGGAUGUGUGAUUGCCGGAGUGACUCUGUUGUUGUGGCUGUUAGUGGAUUUUGUUGACACGUUUCAGGCUAUAUCAGAGUGUGAAAUAUGUUUGUGUCUUGAUAUUUCAGUCUCCCACUCUUCUGUGAUAAUUCAGUGUCUCUAAGGCAAAACGUAAUGCCAUUUUAGAUAACAUCCUCUGUCUACCCCCCUCAUGCUUCCCCCCCCCCUCUCUCUCUCUCUCUCUCUCUCUCUCUUUCAGGUGGAGGGAGACGGGAACGAGGAGGUUCUGAGCUGCGUGGGCGGCCGUAGUUUCCGCUCAGUGAGGGAGAGAUGGUGGUACAUCGCUCUCAGCAAGUGUGGGGUAAGCACUGACCUCCCGACGCCACCCUGACCCCCUGCUGGCUGUUUCUCUAGAUAAGGGCAGAUGUGCGACUUUGUGGUUGCCAUGGCAAUGUGUCUGCUACCACACCAACAGACUCAGGGGCUCAAAUACGCUUGUGUUGGCAUUACGUAUGCUUUUUACUGCUCUUUGGGUAAACAGACGUCAUAACCAUCAUCAAUUUCAUCAUUAUCCUUAAAAACUGAGGACAUGUUAUUCCUGCAGGGUUAUGAGGUUUUUUUUUUCUUUUGCAAUGAAGAAAAGGAGAAAAAAAGGAUGACUACAUGUUAGGUGCAAGAAACCACAUCUAAUAUUAAAGUGAAAAAGCCUCGGCAAAAACUUUCUGAGAAAAUCUCGUGGAAAAGUCUGCGAAUCUUCGGAAAAACAAACAAAAAUAAAGAGUCUUUUAUCAUCACAGUGAAAUAAAGAAAUGCUUCACCUGGUGGAGGAAUCCUCAUUAACAAAGCCAAACAUGCAUCUUAGUCCAGAAAAUGUUUUGCAUAGUUAUUAUGGCAUAGUUAAUUAUUAUAGCAGCGAACAUACUGUGCAGAAAGCAGAGUAUAAAUGUAAUUUGCUCCUGAAAAUGUGUUUAGCACCGGGCUAAGUCAGGACUUAAGUGGUCUUAAUUGUGCAGAAAUUGUGCACUGUAACUUUUGGCGAGUAUCCAAAUGAGAGACUCAGAUACUUAUUGAAGGAUGAAAAUUCCGAGAACUGUUUUAGUGAGGAUUACCAAAUGUUGUGGAGUGUCGCAGGCCUCCUAAUCCUUCUUGUUUUAUCUCACGUCUGAUCUUGUAUCUGUGUAUCUCUCUCUGGAUUGCCUGUGGACACCUUGAAGUGCUUUAUCUCUCCCCGUUGCUACAGCAGUUUUUACAACAAAGCACAGAGUCUCUUAAUUUGCAACUCUGAUUAAACUGAGCUAAACAUGCCUUCUAAGGACUGCACUGUAGCUUAUCGAUCAGCCAGCUAGCUGGGACUUUAAAGCCUGUUGUCUUCUUAUAAUGGGACUCAGAAUUUUUUGCUUUCAGUGUGUGAGCAGAGAGAGAGAGAGAGAGAGAGAGAGAGAGAGCUAGCCGCUGUGCGUGUUGUUUGUUGAUGUGAGUCUGGACUGGGGCACUUGGUGAAGAAAUCAUGAGCUCGUAUAAUGAUCGCUCAGCUCAGUGAUGAUACAUCCUCCUACAGCGAGGACUUCAGUCAAGGACGAAUUUCAGGAAAAAUCGUGUGUGUGUAGAUGUUUAUGUAUGUGUGCUGUGUUUUCAUGUUUUUUGAAAGCGAAUGAGGAUAAAUAAGUUGGAUUUCCGCUGAAUUUGUAUCACCGCCUGGCUGCCUAUCAGAGCCAUACUCUGGGUUAUAACAGUGGCGCGCCUGUGGUCAUGUUUCUGUUUGUUUGUGUGUGAGAGGAUUUUUCUUUGUGGGUUUGUUUUUGCUCUGUCGGUUGGGAGAGUUGGCUGGAGAGGGAUAUGAUUAGAAGAGAUGCUUCCUGCAGAGUGUGGCUGAGUGUCACGCCGGCGUCUGCUGAUGGACACGCCACCUAAUGUAGUCGGACUAAUGUAUAAAAGCUCGUCUCAACUCCCGGGGACAUAUGUACGCCGAGCCCCGCAGCCAAUUUCCAUUCCUCAUCUCCCACCACUCGCCUCCCUUUCACACCUCUCACUCUCUUCUACCUCUGUCGCUCACAAUCUUUGGCUACGUCCACCUCUUUUUCAGCUCCCUGUCACCAAGCUGUGAUACGUUCCACGCCAUUUCAUAUCUAUUUACCUUUCUGUGUCUCUGUCAGCCUGCCUCUAAUUGUGUUUUUCCUCUCCAUCUUGCCAUCUCACUGGUCUCAUAUCUUUUGCGCCUCUCGCUCAUUUCACGCGUUCCCUCUCCCCGCACCCUGUUUUUAAUGGUGCGUUUUUUGUUUUUGUAUUUUCUUCUCUUUGUCCCUGUUUCUCUCUCAUCCAUUUCUCCUUUUAUCUCCUUUCCAUUUCCUCCUUUACUCGUGCUGAAGCGGGUCCAACUCUACAUCGGUUGAUAAGCUGUUAAAACCAAAGGAUGUCUACUCCGAUUCCCCAGACGAAGCCGAGCCUGCUGAGACACUGAAAUGUGAUGUUGAUGAUUAUUUAACAUUUCCGAGCAGUUUCACUCGAUUAAUAAUAGCAGGAAACCUCAAGGCAGAAAAUAAUCAUUAUUUUAUCAGUAGGAAUAAUGACAGUUAUUAUAAAUAAAACCAGUUCAUUACAAAUUACAAAGGAGAGGACCUCUGGCAGUUGAAGUGGAUGUUUUUAGACAGCUAAAUUAUAGGAUCAACCAAAGUUCAAUGAAAUUAGCAGACUUAAUGCAGCUGGUUCUCUGCACUUAGUGUUGCUUUCUUUGUUAUAAAGCUAUGAUAAGAUAUUUCUUUAUUAGUCCCACAGGAGGAAAUCCCAAAUAAAGCAUCAUAAUGUCUUCUAGAUCUGAUGGCAUCUGUGCAGAAGUGUGCACCUUCAAAGUUUCCAAAGCUUAGCAACAUUUCUGUCCGUUUUGGCGAGUAACUGUAACACAGAGUUUAAAUUAUAAUGGAUAGAAAAUAAACAGAAACAUAACAACUCAAUAACAUAAUUGCAUUGUUUGCAAUCUACUGCAGCAACUUUACAUGUAAGUGUUUGUUAAUAUGGCCUUUCAAACUGAAAUGGAAAGAUAUGAAAAGCGAAGAAAACCUUUGAAUGACUGUAAUCAACUUCUGCUUUAUUAUUCAGAGCUGAAGUGCUGAUAAUGAGCAAAAUUACCUCAGCAGGGAGCCGAGGAAGCCCGGAAAUUGGCGCAGGCCAUUAAAAUGGCGAAUAUUUCUGAGCUGCUAACUUGGCAGGUGACUCAUCUUUAUAGAACGAACAUACGCACAUCUGAUGCUUUUCCUUCAAGUCGCAGUUAGAAAGUUACAAACUAUACGUCUCCCUUCCCACAGUCACAUAUGGAGGAAAGAUUCCUGUUAUUCCCCGGUGCGCCUGUUUGUUCACCCCGAACUUUUAUAGUGUAAUGAUAAAUUAAAUAAUGACGUAAGUGAUUGACAGUGUUGCAGCGCUUAAGGGAUAGAUGCUCAGCUUUUAGGAGAAACACAGACACUUUGUGAUUUCUAGAUUUAAUUUGCUCACAUCGUAAUCCUACAAGAACAUUCAUACCGUGGGGAAAAAAAAUACUUUUAAGGAAACUUGGUAGGAUUGGGUUGCAUUGUACUCAUUGUAACUGACUCAUUGUACUUAAGUCAGUUUUAUUUGGUGUUUUAUAUUUCCAGAUAAAGAUAGUUUGCUCUUUUAAGCUAAAUGAUACUUCACUAUAAAUUUAGCUGCAUCAUUAUGUGUUUAAAUGUGACAACAAAGUAAAUGGCCAUCAGUGUUGUCGUCGUCUCUUUUUGCUGUUUUUACCCCUUGGUUUAAAAUUAGGGUUGUCUUAAUAUUACAGUGUAAAAUAAUAUUUUAGGCGACUGAUUUGUUUGCACUAGUUUGUAUUUAUACUGAAGUUACAGCUGCUGCUAAACUAUUAUAGAUGCACAGAUAUCUAUUUAGAUGCUCGACUUGAAUAUUUGCAGAUGGAAAGUACUCUGCUCAUACCAGUGGGAUUUAAAGAAAUCACACAUGCCGUAUUAUUGGUGAAGAAAAUGAAUAUGAACAUUAGCUAGCUUUGACUUACAUAACGCCUUCUUCUCACACUGCAUUUUCAUUGUGUUAUAUUUAAAUGAAUAUUUAUCUGACACAACUGGUUGUGGUUCACAUUUGCUACGAGGUUUAUUUAAAUGACUUUCAAGGGAAUCAACCUAAACCCAGAUGAAAUUCGUUCAGGGGAAGGAAAUAAGGUCAAAAAGAUGCAGCUUACCUGCUUUCAAUGAUUGGUUUUAAUUGAUGUCUGUGGUUAUGGUGCUACAUUUUUAAAUCACACACUGAUCUAAUAUCUGGAUGUCUGCUUUUCUUGUCCAGAUCUUGAGUUUUUGUAUCAGACGGCACUAACUCAAUUUUCUGAGAAGCUCACAGGUGGAUAACCCAGGUCUGUAAGCUCUAACCUUACACUUAACUUUCCUGAGACAAGAUCCACUAUCUCAGAAGACUCUCAGAGAUCCUUUUACAUGCAGUUAUCUGCAGCCCAGGGGAGCACACCAUGCUGAAGACUGCACAGGUGUUCGGAUGAGAGAGUGUGAUAAAUCAGUACAGUGUAUCAAACGUGGAAGUCUGAAACCAAAAAGAAACACCCAAAUCAUCCUGUGGCUCACUGUCAGUCCCACAGGGGGAGACUCCCUGCUGUGUAAAGAGCUCGUCUGCUCUCAUCUAUCCCUUCUCUUCUUUAUCCACCUCUCCUCCCCUUAUUUGCAUUUGCUCCCAUUUUCAUCAUUCUGCCUCCCUCUCUACCUGUUUUCUUUCUUCCUUUCUACAUCUAUCACUCUCUUUAUCUCUGUCUCCCUGCUCUUUGUGUCUGUAUUGAUUUUGUGGCAGUGCACGCUCCACGCUUCUUGCCCUUUUUGAUAGAGGGAGUGAGAUGGAGUUUCAGGCUGCCAAAUGAAAUCAAAGUCUUUUUUUUUUUAUCUCCUCCCUCUCUCUUUUCCCUCGCUCCAACGCAACAAGCUCAAACUCCAUCGGCUUUGAACUUGCGUGUGUGAAAUGAGCUCUCUGUGCUCUGAUUGUCAACGCAUCUCUGUCCCCCUCCUCUUUUAUUCUCAGCUCCCCGUCCUUCUGUUUCUCACCUCCCACGUUUUUCCAGCUUGACACUUUUUUUUAUUUGUUUUAGUCCAAAAAAAUUAGCAUCAUCCCAUCAGCGGUUUACCGCACAGGUAGCUUCUUGUCCUCCUCGGUCUUUCUCCUACUUUGCAUGUUUACCUGCUUAAAUAUUCUCUUUUUAGUGCUCUCAUAACAUCACAGUGCAGUAACAAUUAUUCCUGAUCGACAUAUAAUUAUAAUGAGCGCCACAAAUAAUUAAUAAAACGCCACUUUUACCAUGAAUAAUAAAAAAGCCUGAUCCUCUGCAGUAAAACAGAGCUAACUGCUGCUGCUGUUAUCUAUCCAUCUCUGUAUCCUAUUAAUCUGGGUCAUCUUCUCAUUGAGCAGAGCAGCCUGCAUCCCUCAUUUCUCCACCGACUUCCUGCACACACCUGAGGGCACUUUCAGGCCAGCUGGGAGACUGACUGACUAUAAUAGAACAAAUGCACUGGAACAAGGAAACCAAAUGAGCGUCACUUGUUAAAGAGGAUUUAAGUUGUUGCCUCCUGUUCACAUCAGUAAAGUUUCGGGGGAAAUAAAGAUUAUUUGUCUUUAACGCUGCUGUGCAAACCCCAACCUCACUCGUGCACUCGGGUCGUCAAUAAUGGCAAAGAUUUUGCUGAUCUCGGUAAACAAAACUGACUCUCAACCUGAAAGGCUUGGGUUUUUUCAGCUUUGCUUGCAGCUGGGAAAUUAGUUGGAUGAUGAAAAGUCAAAGUAGUUUGAUGAUGUGACAUUAUGGAUCGGGUUCUGUAUUUCAAACUAAAAAAAUAUCAAUAAUGUUUUCAGCUUUUGAUGCUGCUAUUGAGUGUUGUUGGUCCAUUGAUGUAAUCUUUUAACCCAGGUCAAGUCAUUUAAUUAAACCUCUGGUGCACAAACAUGCACGGACUGUUAAAUGAAGUUGAAUCACCAGCCAACAGGUAUUAAAAUGACACAAAGAAGUAUUUUGAUAUCCAGUCACUUGAAGGAUGUCUGAAUGUGUGCGGAGCUCAGCUACAUUUUUAUCAAAGUAAGAGAUAAGAAGAGAGAAAAUGCAAUUCAUGUGGCAAAUUGAUUUCCUACAAGGUGGAGAACACAGCCUGUAUGACCAAGUUCAUCAGCGUUUCGCUCCAAAUUGAACCAAAAAGCAGAACCGUCACCUGUCACUGAGUUAUAAUACUGUCAGUCCCAGCUGCUGCUGCUGCUGCAGAACCUCCAUCUUUCCAGUCACAGCACCAGCCUCUGCAGCAAAUCCUGUACGUUAAAAAUAGUUGUUCAAUGUUCAGCUCUUGUGUUAAAAUUAGCAGGGUAAGAACUAAUUGGCUGACUAAAGGCUGUGAAAUAAAGUUGUAACGUGAUGUUUAAAACUGGAUCAGUAAAAUGACUAUUCAGCAAAAUAAAAUUGAUUAUAAUUUUAAUUUAUCAAAAUAAUAAUCAUUAUCAUCAUAAUACAUUUUUAUUUAUGUGGCACUUUUCAAGAUACUCAGACGCUUCAGAAAAUCAUAAAAGCACAGAUUAGGAGAAACAUUAAAGCACAAUGUAAAGCGAUCACCAGUUGGACACAGCUCUGAAAAGGUGGGAUUUGAAUGUGAGUGUGCCAGCACAAUGACAGAUAGGCUUAGAGAGAACCUUCCAGAGGGUGGCUGUAUUCAAAUAUAAUGUCAAGAAAAAUGUCAUUUAGGUUUCAUGGAGAAAAAUACAGAUAAAUACAGUCAUUGAGAGGAGGGAUUUGUUUCUUCAUUUAUAUAAAAUAGACCCUUUUUUAUUCGAAAGAGGAUUAGGGCUACAAGAAGAGAAAAAAACAACAGUAGGGAGAUUUUUUUGAUUUUCAUUUCGAGAUUGAAGUCCAAAUUUGAGAUUGAAGACAAAAUUUUAAAAAGUCAAAAUUUCAACUUCAUCCAUGUUGACUUUAAUCUUGAAAUUUCGACUUAAAUCUCAAAUUGUAAUUUUUUUAUCUUGAAAUUUUUACAUUAUUUAUGACAUUUCAACAUCUUGUAAUCUAUUGUAAUUAUUGACAUAUUUUCAAUUUUUGUAAUCUCAAAAUUUUGACUUUAAUCUCCUUCCUGUUAUUACUUUUUUUCCUCUUCAUGUGACCCUGAUCCUCUUUCAUAUUUUUACCAGCUUUAUUAUAAAAAAAGAAGGUUGUCUUGAUAGAAGAUAAUCAAAGAUGGAAUGGAGAGACCCUAAUCGUCAGGGAGUGUCAAUAAAUGCCAAUAAACAUGAACAACCCUCUUUCAAGGUGACACUGAUGCAACUUUGGUGUUAGUAAAGAUAUUUGUUUAAAAGGAUUCAUUUUGGCUUUUACUUCAAACUUUCUCAUAAGGUUGGUUGGGGCUGUACAAUUAUUUUUUUCAAUUUAGCUCAUUUGUACAAGUUAUAAUGAUUAAAGAUGGUAAAAUGUGUCUAAACAGUAUUAAAAUGAAGUGUAGUUGCGUUCCAGAGACACCCGGGCUCAUAAAUCUCAUUUUCACAGGAAAGAAAACAAGUCUGUCUGGAAUAGACCCCGGUAAUUUUCCAUCCAAGUGUUGACCUCAACACUUUUUUUUUUACCAAAGGAUUUGAUUAAAAGUUGGAAAUACUGUAUCACAUGUAAUUUUCAGCUCUUCUCUGAUAUCCUCAUAUGUAGAUAUGUGGUGAGUGUGCCAGUGUUAGUCCACAGAGUCUUAUCACAUUGGAACCAAAAUCAGAUUAUGAGUGAGAAAACAAGAAAUUUGUCCUGGUAUUAUAGUCCAAAAACAUUUUACACAGAGAUACAGUAACAUUUGUAAAGCUAGUCAGCUGCUCCCCAUAAAGGAAAAAAGAUGUAAUAGCACAGAUUUUCACUAAGUGCAGUGGAAAUGCUCUGCAAGAUGAUGCAUGGUGCAUUUUGAAACUCCGUCAAAUGCAGGGACAUUAUGCGCUGUUCUAAUAUGUAUCUAUCAAUUCCAGUAGACAUGCUAUUAUUCUCUCCUCUCAUGCUCUCUGUGUGAUGUUAACAUAAAACCCUGCUUUUAGCCCAGCGAAUGUCUUUCUUUUCAUCUUUUCAAUGAACCCAAAUGUCUCCAUUAUCAGAUACAUAAUGAAAGAGAUAAAAUUUCACAGGAAUAAAACAUCCAGGAAAAUACAUCUUAAGAGUCACCUCUCGUGGACAUUUCAACCUGCCGGAUUGUGCGGCACAGCUUUAAGCAUUCAUGGAUAUUUUGUUCAGAUCAAUGGAAGAGGCUGCAUUUUUAAUCCCACCUGCCUCCUCUUUCCCUCCGCCUCUUCUCCUCCUCCCUCCUCCUCCUCUCUCAUCUGCAGGGCGAUGGCUUGCAGCUGGAGUACGAGAUGAAGCUGACCAACGGCCAGUCUUUCUGGACGCAGCAUUUCUCGGCAGAUGAGUUUGGUAAGAGUGAUUAGACAGAAAAAGAGAGAUUACUGAACGAAUUGCUGAUGGCACAAGCCAACACCACUUAGCACGGCCAAUAAAGCACACUGAACUGAACAAAUUACAAUAAUGAAGGGACGGCUGAAUGAAUUAAUGAUGAUAGAUGAACUGUGAGGAAAGGAUGAAAAGAAGAAGGAGCCCAAGUAGCUUCUAAAUGAAUUAUUCCUACAUCCCCAACGUGCUUCUACCUCUCUGUCGUCUACUGUAUCUCUCUCUUUGUUUUUAACUAAUCCAAUAUCCUCAUCACGUACCUACUGCUGGAUUUUUCUUCCCUUCAUUCUUCUACCUUUCCCUCUAUCAUCCCCUCCCUUUCUCGGUACUUUCUGAACCUCAUUGACUCCUUUACCCUCUAGUUUUGAUUCCACCUCCUCCUCUUUUUCGACCUUUCUCUGUUUUUUCCAUUUUUUUCCUCAUUAAUUAUUCUGCUUCUCUCUCCUCCUCUUUCUUCCACCCACCUUUCACAGGGAUCUUGGAGACGGACAUCACGUUCCUGGUUAUCUUCUCCAUGGUGUUCCUCCUCUCGUGCUACUUUGCCUGUAAGUACUCUACUGUGUCUCUUUCUCCCUCUCCUGUUAUGAAAAAGCCAAUUUCUCCAGACUGGCAAAGCUCGCAGCAGUCAUUAAGUGCUCUUUUCAUGGCAUCUUUUAUAAAACCGACAUGUUUUCUUGAUGAGAGAUGAGUGAGUCUUCAUGUUUCUUCUGAUAACUAAAAAGGUGAAGCUUAUACCUAUUUUUUUUAUGGGCGCUGGGAGUUUUUUCAGACCAGAGCAGGAGCAACAUGAUAAGCAGGCGACAGAGGGUGGUGAGUGCAGAGUUGGGUUUUCGUGUUAAGGUGAAUGGUUGAAUGGAGGAGUUAGCGUUAGCCUGGGGGUAAGUGAAGCGGGUUUGUCACACCAAGGUCACAGCUCGGAUAGCUCUGGGCCAGAAAGAACAAGAGCCAAAGAGGAAAGAGUCGCCUACGAAUAAAAACUCUGUCAUCCUUUCCACAAAACCUGCUUUUCUACAAACUCAAAGGCAGUUAAUUCGCCCUUUUUUUCGCUUAAGAGUGAGCCCAUUUCUCCCUUCACUUUGCUCCACACAGAAUUCUGCCAGUCGAACUGAAUCUGGCUUUUCUUCCUGAAGCUGCGACUCUUUGUUGUUUUUGUUUUUCAUACGUCUUCUACAGCUCCUGUAGCCCCGCCAGAGUGUUUCUUUCAACAUCAAACUGCUGUUUUCAGUGUUUUCACCUGUUUUAAUCAAAGAGCAGAGGGGAGGUGACUUCUGUGAAUAUUUGGCCUCAGGUAAAAACCCUGAAAACAAUGGGGGAAGAAUUUUGAAUAAUUUUAACCAAAUAAUAAAAAAAAAAAAAAACAAGCUGAGAACAUCAGGACAAGGUCACAGCCAACUUCAUAGACUCUGCUUUCUUCUCUUCCAGUAACCUUAACGUCAAACUCUUUAUUCACUGUUUUCGUGAUUUUCUUAGCUAGAGGUGUUUUUUUAUACAUCCUGAGAUUUAAGUUUGUUAGAUCUGUUUUUGUAGUCUGGUUACCUGGAUAGCUCUGCGUCAGUCUUGAGACCUUUCCACACUCUAGCUGCUCUCCGUUCCUCAAAAGCAUCUCCAAUAUUCAUCCUCGUUUGUGGAGCUUUUUAGAAAAAAAAUGCCGAGGUUUUCUAGGUCAGGGAGAAUCAGUCACAGUUAUAUCUGAACCAGUUUGCUUGCCUGCUUCUUGUGCUGCCACCCUGGUUUCAUAUCUGGUAACCUGAGAGUCGUCCAAAACAGCCUUUUAACCACCUACCUUUUAAUGUCAACAAAUACAAGUCGUGAUGAACCAGAAUCAAGGAGGAUCGGGUGGCUGCUGCAUGAGUGCCAAAGAAGGCUGUUUCAACAAAGUGGGUUUUCUUAAUGCUGUCGAUACUCUAUAAAGAUCUUUUUAUAGAUUAAUUCUUUGAAAAGAUAGUGGGUACGCAAUGCAUGAUGUGAUGCCCACUAUCGCUGAGUGACCAUCGGAUGGUCACUACAUUUUGCAAUGCUCUAUGGGAAAUUUUGAGUUGCCUAUAUAGGGCACUGGAAUUGAUCACUCAGGUUUCGGAUGCCCCUCAAAAUGGCGCUAACCCCCAUAUAGUCGCCCAUAUAGGGGUUAGGGAUCCAUUUUGGACACAGCAUAUGAUUAAUUUCAUCAGGAGGAAUAUACCAAGUGCUAAUGGGGGUGUUUUCAGAGCACCCCUGUUUGACAGGUAACCUGUCUCAGAACACCCCCUCUUGUUUUCACCAUUUUUGGAUUCGCCCAACCCUCUGGAGACCGGCUGGAGAAAGGAAGAUUGGAGAGCGUCCAAGUUGAUCAGCGUCCAGUGUGUUGGUUGGUUGAGUGAGAAGUUUAACAAACCUUUUCAUUGUGAGAGGAACUUAUUUUGCGGUAUCUUUGCGAUCAUUUUGUUAAAAUUUCUCACUGGGUGACGGCUAUUUUUUGAAGAGACAUUUCAUCGGUCACCGAUUUCCGUCUUCUUAUGUUUCGUGCCUCCAUCUUCAUCUUUGACCCAAUAAACUCAUUCCCCCUAACAAACACGUCACAAAAGGCCCUAUAACUUGAUUCGAUCGGGUUGCGAGUGUGUAGUUAGACGGUGAAUGAAAAGCCACGCCUCUUGAACAUCUGCUGGGAGUGUCAUCAGUUAACCUGACACCAGUUAAACUGACACAUCAGCCGUUUGCUAAAUAUUUAUAUUUUAGCUUUUGUGUCUAAUUGCCUUCUUGUGCUGACAUCGUUAUGUAUUUUUUUACCCUGCCGAGCCACUCUCUGCUGAUUUGUGCAAUUAGAUAGAUUUUGGAUUUAGGAGAAUCCACAUUACACAUCAUCUGUAGUAGUUGAAGGACUGUCCCUUUUAAUUUAAACCCUCUUCAAUGAAAACCACCUUUGGUAAAGUCAUAGAUGAUCCAGAGUAAGAGGAACAACUUUGCAAAUUAAUUUUUUCUCCAGUUUGUUAUGCUUUUGGAACAAAAACCCAAACUCCUUUCAUACUUAUGUGAAGGUUAAGUCAUAAACAGAAACUUUUAGCAUUGCUAGAAACCUGAGAAGCGAAUUAAAGAACUACUUUUUACUUAAAGGUAGAAGUUUUCUCGGUAUUAUACUUGGUUAAGCAGCUGAAAUAGCUCUUUAAAUCCUCAAAUUGCCUCCUGCGGUGUCCUUGCAUUUUUUGUUGCCAGAAAUUAGUAUUUAAGUUGCAAACAGAAGCCUUUUCAUCACUUUCUGCACAGGGGGUUAUGGGGAGUUUAUUCCUUGCUUUGCUCGCCAUGCUGCAGUAGAAUUGGACUACAUAAUGAGGUGCAAAUACAUAUUUAGACUUUGCUGGAAUCUUAUUGUGAUUUUAUGCAGAUUUGGAGACGCCUUUGAAUUAGCUGCUGUAUCUCCAAACUUCACAUGUGUGUUUCUUCUGUCAGUUUCCCUGGAAUAUAAACUGACACGAAGGCUUCAGUUUUAAUGAGUUUGACUUUUAUUUUUCUUGUGUAAGUCAGAAUCAAACAGAAGGAGAGUGCUGUGCAAAUACUGGAAAAAAUGGCCUUGUGGGACUCGUCUCAUUACCUCUACCUAAAUGAAAACAAUUUUUGCAAUGUCACAGGGAUUUGCAGAUAAUGGAGGAGACAAGCAAAAAUGUUUAAAAGGUUAUGAAACAGUCGAGGCGGCAGAGGGUGACCGGGGUUUUGAUUUGGGGUGGAUGUUCCUCUAAACGCCUCCAUUCACGCACCUUCGAGGGAAUCACAGAGAUUUCAGCAGCCAGGCCUGUAGUUACACGGGGCAGCUGUGAGUGUGUGUUUAUGGCCCUUCCUCCCCUUGUAAAUUUUCCCCUGAGCCUCCGCUGUUUGUAGGGGUGUUUGGUAGUAAAAUUGCCUGCUUAAAUACGCAUUAAAAAUAUUUCCUGCCAGAUCAGGGGUAGAGCGAGCGGAGGAGAUAUAUAAUACCUCAUCUAGAACCGGGCUUCACAAGAUAGGUGCAUACUAAUGGUCGCUCCCCCCAUUUAUCUGGGCUCUUCUCUUGUUUUUUUUCUCCUCUCUCUCUCUCUCUCUCUCUGUCUCUCACUCUCUGUACCCCUCUCACUCUCCUUCACCAUCUGUUAGCAUAUCUCCAUCCUUUUUAUCUCUACCUCGACACAGACGCACACACAUACACACACAACUCCAUCACUCCUAUCUCAUGCCUCUUUUUUUUUUUUCUCUCUGCAGACAAUCUGAAGGGGAGACAGCUUCUUCACACAACCUACAAAAUGUUUAUGACUGCAGCAGGUGUGGAAGGUGAGAAGUCUUCCAUAACACAGACACACACACACACACACACACACACACACCUAUAUACACUCGAGAUGAGCCUCGCACGGCUGCAUCAUCUCAUACCUUAAUCCCAGCUUCAAUAGACGAGAUAUUAUCGCCCUUAUUAGCCUCUGAAUGGGAACUAUCGCAAACAGCCGUUCUGUGCUUCAGUGUUCAAUGGAGCAUGCUGUUACUGACGAACACCAUCCCACUCUUCUCCUCCACCCCCCAACCUCCCCAACCCGCCACCAUCUCGCUUUCUUCUUUCUCACUUGCUUGUCCCCUCUCCAAAUCCCUUCUCUCCCUUCUCAAUUCUCCUGCCAUCCCUAAAAUUUCCUUUCACCCUCUCCUCCUUCUCUUACGCCUUCUGCUGCUUUCAUCAACUCCUCACUUCUCUUUUUACUCCCUCACUCUCUUUCUCCCCCCCUCAUUAUCAUCUCCCUGUCGCUUCUGUUUUACAUCUUUUCAUUACUUCUUUUCUCUUCUCUUCCCUACCCCUUUUCUCUUACUUUCCAAUUUUCUCUCCCCUGCUUUUUUUUUUUUUCUUACUUGGCAGUGCUCAGCCUGUUGUUCCAUUGUGUCUACUGGGGCCUGUAUGCAAGAGAUGGAGUCGGUAAUGGCAGCCUGAAACUUCUGGGUGAGUUCUUUUCCUGCGGCACCUAAAUGACCGAAAGACUGACGGACUGACGGACACUGCCUCUGUCACACUCACUCUGCUCGAGCAGAAUAAAUAAGUGAAUGAUGGCAGAUGUGUUUGCAGCCCUGAAAGUGCAAUAGCAGGUUUGACAGACCUACUAAGGAUCAAGUAUGAUUUUGUGUGUGUUUGAGUGUGUGAGCGUACGCUGCGUAAAUGUGUGUUGUGACCUGGUUUUAUCUCUCCCCUCUGAUAUUACAGAUUUGGAAACCACAGCCUAAUUACCCCCUCUGUCUCCUCUUUCUCUCUCUCUCUCUCACUUCCUCUCUCCAGGGAAAUUACUCUUCUCCGUCAGUUUCUUGGUGUUCCUUCUCAUGCUCAUAUUGUUGGGCAAAGGGUUCACUGUCACCAGGUGGGGGCUUACACUUUUGUGCAGCCUGUGUGUGGAUUUAUUCCUUGUGUGUGUCUCUUUCUACGCCUGUCACUUUGUACGGUCGUGUUUAUUCUGCAGCUGUCUCUCACUGUCAGGCCGCUCUGUCACAGCCAUAACACGGUAUCUCACUGCAUGACAAUGUAAGGCGCCAGUCAGGAAGCCAGUGAGUGGGCAAGAUGUCAUAGUUUGGCUGAACCCCUUGAUAUUUCAUGACGAAGAGAUAAACCGAUCCUGCUUUUUUUGUGUUUUUCCAUCAGCUAAACGAUUACAUUAUCCCGUCAAAGCCAGCUGACAAACGCCGUAGUUCCCUCGCUGCUUUUCUGGCGAGGUUUAGUGGACAUUUGCGUGGGACGGGCAUCAUUUCACAAUGGAUGAUUUACGGAUGCUCCGCUUGGCUAGAACAUCAGCGUCUCUCCAUCUCACACCUGACUGGACAAACACCCUCUUUGCUAAACCGUCAGCUGUCUUUCCAGUUGUCCGGUUCAAAUUCAAAAGUCCAGUGAUAAAACACGCCAGCUGUUCUGGAAAUGAUGUUAAGUUCCUGCCAAGCUUUCCCCCCCUAAAAGUGCAUUUCUGAGUCAGUUUCAUGUGAGAUGACUGCUCACACUCUUGCUUUUCAAAUCUGAACGGCUUAAAUAAAACGCCUGUUCGCAAGUUUUGGAGUUUUGAUUCACGGUGAGUCAUCAUCUAAAUCAGCGUCGGUAGUUUGAAGAUUUGUCCUGCUUCCGGCACAAUUGAAUCUCUGUGGAUAUUUUCCAGACUGAACUCCUGUAGUCAAAACUGAGCCUGCAAGGUUUAAGCUGGCUUUUUUGACUGUAGGAUUACAUCCUCCUCUGGCUUCAGAAGAUUCUAUGAUCUCUCUCUCUCACAUAUUAAACCCUCUUUAAACCCCAGUGAAUAAACUAAAAACUGCUCUUCCAUCAAGCUUAAAAAAUGCUGUUUAUCUGCAGUAACUGAUAAGUUGACAGUUCAGAGAUAACUGCCCGACAACUUUGAUAUUCUUUUUCUCUGAUGUUUGCUGUUGAAUUUGUCUCUGCAAAAGCGUGUUUUUGAUGAGGGCUUAACGCAGAAAUUCUUUCAUUUGUUGGCUGCCGCUGUGUAAACGAAGACGCCUUUUUAUUUCUGCCUGAAUGUCUGACGUGUACACAACAAAAAAAAAAGCUGCAUCCUUUUUAUGUUUAGCAAUCUCAGCGAUGCUUUGUGCUGUGAGGAGCCGCUUUUAGAUGAAGCUGUCCUCGCUCUGUGUGUGUAAAGAAAAAACGUGAAUCCUGACUUUUAUUUGACCGCCUCGCCUCCUGAUGUGUUCAUGUGUGUCAGGGCGCGGAUCAGUCACAGCGGGUCGGUUAAGCUGAGCAUCUACAUGACCGUCUACACCAUCACCUACGUCAUCCUCUUCAUCUACGAGGCAGAGGUAAAGCACCACAGUGAACAACACUCCAGUGAAAUUAACAUAAGUUAUUUUUAUCCUCUAUUGUUGUUAAUAAGUAAAAAAAAAUUGACAUCCUGUUUUGAAAUUUUCUCUUUAAAGGCAUGGUUGACGAUCUGUGAAGCAGUUGAAACAAACUGAGCCGUUGAGGCAGAUUUUAAAAAAGCGUCCCACCCUUGAACCUGUAUCGCCCUCCCAAAGACACACCCCCUCUGAGACAGCGAGAAGGCAGCCGGUAGAAGAUCCUACGCUAGCUUCAAAUAGGAUUCAACCUGUAGGAUUCCUAGUGACUAGCGGCAGUAAACGCCAGCUCUGCUAGCGAGCGCCGUCUGCAGCUGCCUGGACAGCUACUGUGUUGACAUCGCAGAGACUGAUAAGAGUUAUUUAUGUAACAUGUGCCACGAUAAAAGGCAAAAAUUACCUGUUCAACAAAAACGCUGCCAUCUCUGUUUUCAGGCCCAAAUCCUGGCGGCGCUUUCUCCACCACUCGAAGGAUGACCCGAUGUUUAUUUGAGUUAGAUUCCUUGCUUGGUCACAUUUCCUCUUCGUCUCUGCCCUUUUCCUUCUACCGGCUUGCGUUUUUUUAGUACUUCUGGCGGUGGAGCGAGCAGAAAUGUUUUUUUUCUUUCUUUUUUACUUCUCCAUCACAGCUCCUGUAGCUAAGCUGCUACGCUACUUUCAGCCGCUCAGAGCUCUGAGGAGGGCCGGGAGAGUGGGAGGGGACGAGUCGGAACUAGAGGAGAGGGAUGUGUCGAAUACAGCGAGGUGAUUGGGUGGAGAGGCGGAGCAGGAGAUUUACCAAUAGGAGCUGUCCGGGACGGAUGGCUCCCAUUGGUCAAUGUUUUUGCAGCCCUGCACCUGCUAGAGUGAACAGAUUUUUUCCAUUCUAACUUUGUGGAGAUCGCACUAUAAGACCAUGACCGUUAUAUAAACGAGAUUCAUAAUAAUUACCAAUCCCUCCAAUUGUCAACCAUGCCUUUAAUUUUAGUGUUUGCUUGUUUUGCACCUUAAUAUAGAGGUAUGCGUCAUUCCCUCUCCCUCUAUCAUGUUAAUUAGGACCAUUCAGUGACAGAACAAUCGAAAUGCUAAACCUUUUCUCUGACAUUUCACGGACGAGUUUGUCUCCAUUCAUGUUGGAAUUAAACUCAAUGGAUCAUUUUUUACUGGUCCUUGCGAUUUUCACACCAUUAAAAUCACUGUCACAGCUGUUACUUAAAGCAAAGCCUGCUCCAGUUUGGUAAUGAAUAUUUUUAGUUCAGACCCCCGACUUGUAAAACAUCUCCACACUUCAAAGUUCCUCCUCCUUCAGAUGUGACUUGAAAGCAGCAUUUGAGUUACACAAGGAUGACUUGAGUGCGAGAUUUGUUUUCACGCAGUAUCAGCACCCAUGUUAUUACUCUCUUUGGCUUUUUUAAUAAUCUCAUAAAGAUUCAUGGAAGAGCGAGGCCCACAGAUCAACGUGGGCUGUAAUAGCUUUCCUUGUCAACUGACUCAUUACAUUGAUAUAUAGUUUAAUAUAAAUAUGCAUCAAGUUGAUUGUUGAGGGGGGAAGAAAUCUUUAAUGAGCUACAAAUUAUGGAUCCUGACAGGCAACUUCCAACACGAGUACAGAGGUUCUUACUACUGUGUUCAAUGAUGGCUCCACUCAAUAACAGAUCAAUGGCUGUUUCUUUAAGAUUUCCCGGGGUGUAAAGGUUCUCAUGAGCGUGCCGAGAGACCUUCCCCCAUUAAUUAUUCUGCAUAUCGAGCUUCUGAAUUAACAGUGUAACCGCUACAUACGUCUCUGCACAGUCCAGAGGCUGCAGCACAGUCACAUGUAAUGAUCAGGGGACAGUACAGUACAGCCUUUGAGUACAGCGUGGGAAUGACCCAGUGGGAAUAUUGCAGUGGAAGAGACUGAGCUAAAUAUAACACCGGAGCCUAUAGCAUCUCCCUCACUGCAAUACGUGCAUGUGAAGCGUGUGUGUGUGAUUUAUCUGCCAUCUGCCCUCUUACAUGCUUCCUGCUAUUAAAGAGCCAAACUCAGGGGAGCCUCUGCUAAAAAUAUGCCAAACUAGGUUACAGUCGGGACUAAAAUGAAGACUUUAGGAGUGCAGCUGAGAAUCUGACGAGCUCUGGUUGGAUCCCAAGAAGCUCCUCCACCGCGAGCUGUCGAACCUAUGCAUUAUGUAGCAAGGGUAACCCUGUAUGGUCAACGCUAUCCAGUCACUGGACUGUGAAAUGCAAUCUAGAGUCCACAGAUGCAAGAAAAGGCUCCACACACUCACACACACACACAUAUACCCGGGGACUUGCGCACACACUCCCUCACAAAUCUACGACCCAGAAGCAGAGACGGAGUGUCAAUGUCAAAGACUCACACAGAGCUUUGGCUCGGUCAUCACGGUGCAUCAGCUGAAACUCCACUCAUCAAUCUUAUUAAUUAGGAUUCAGACUACAACGUGUCUCAAAAGCCAACAGACGCCAAAAACUUGAGCUCGUUUUAUCUUUGUCAAUUUAGAUUUGAGCAAAAUUUUUAAAUGGUCAUAUUUAGUGUUUUAGUCUCGUCUGACUUUAUGGGAAAGAUAAACACAUCAUUUGGAUUAUUAUCUCUGUUUGUACAACACAGUCUUUGAUUUCAUCUAUUGGAAAUUAUAUACUUCUUUUUUUUUUUUUUUGACAAUUUACUUUGAACAUUUUUUUUCAUAAAGAGUAUACAACUUUAAUAACAGCAAUAAAACUUUAAGUUUCAGCCAAAAUUUCACCCAGAACAGACCCCAUAGGCCAACUCUUACCUUCAUCCCUAACAAACAAACAAAAUAAUAAUAAUAAUAAUAAUGAUAAAUAAAUAAAUAAAAGAAGAUAUUAAAAUAAAUAAAUUAAAGGAUAAAAUGACAAUAAUAAUAAUUCAAAUAAUAAAUAAGCAAAUUAGUUAAAUAAUUAAAAAUAAAUUUUGAAAAAAUUGACAUUAAAAAACAUGCAACAAAUGUCAAGACAGUGACAAUGGAAAAACACAUUUACUCCUGCUCAUGUGCUACAACCAACAACCACCGCCACACCACUGACAGUACUCAUCUAGUUAACUUGAAACUUGAAAUUUUACACUGAAACAUCUUUAUGUAAAAUACUCCACUCUUUAAAUACUUCACUUGUCACUUAAUUAUCUAUUUAGGUUUCUUGAAAGUAGGAGUAUUGCUGUUUCUUUGUCUUGUACCAAAAACAUCAUUACAAACUGCUCAUACUUGUAAACCUGCUCGACAAUAAAACCCAGAGUUCUGAUUGUGAUUCUGAUAUUUCUGUGUCAGUUCUUCGACCCCGGCGAGGUGCUGUACGCCUACGACAGCCCCGCAGGUUACGGACUGAUGGGCCUGCAGCUGUUAGCCUAUGUGUGGUUCUGCUAUGCCGUGCUCGUCUCCUUGAAGCACUACCCUGAGAAACAGCCCUUCUACGUCCCUUUCUUCACCACAUACACACUCUGGUGAGACCUGUGCAGCCUCCGCCUCACUGCCCUCGCCCUCUGGGUAUCGCUACCUGAGAUGGAGAUUGUAGGACUAGGAAGAUACACAUUUUUCUGUUUGAGGUCUCCUCCAUUUGAAUAAUUUAUGCCGCUCAGUAGAAAUGUGCACAAGAUAGCUGACGCUUUAGCGGUGAGAGAAUGAAAAGUUAUUUAUUUUAUAUUAUCCUUCUACAGUGGUGUGUGUCCACCCUCAGUGCUCCAUUAUUGUACUUGAGCGAAUGAUUGCUGGAGGAGAAAAUCUAUUUUUCCUCAGCUGAUGGGGUCUCUUAUUAGAAUAAGUUAUGCAGCCGUAUAUGUGUGUCAGGUAGUUUAAAGCUUUGCACUGGGAAGAAGAGCUUUUCAUUUACCCUCUGAAAAACUCAUCCACAUAUGCAACUUAGCUCCUCUGCCCUUCACUCACUCAGUAUAAUAGCAUCAGCUUGAAAUGAAGAGUAGAUUACAAAGACUAAUAUUAUCUCUGUAUUUCUCUUUCAUUGCUGCCACUAUCUCCCGCCUCAUUAUCUACGCCUCCCCUCUCCUCCCAUCUUUAUCUCCCUCUGUGCUUUACAUCUAUUUCCACUCUCUCCGCCUCUCACCCUCUAACUCUUUCCUCAUCUCUUUUCUUUUAAUGUGCUUUUUCCACGCCAUUAUCCUAAAUCGGCUCACUUGUCUUCCUCAGGUUUUUCGCGGUGCCCGUUAUGGCGCUGAUCGCCAACUUUGGGAUUCCUCGCUGGGCCCGGGAGAAGAUUGUCAACGGCAUUCAGCUCGGCAUCCACCUCUACGCCCACAUUGUCUUCCUUGUUCGUACUACACACACACACACACACACACACACACACACAAAGGCUCUCAAGCUCUUGCACAUACUGUUCUGGAGUUAUUAUUGCCGUUGUCAGACAUACAUUAUUCACUGUCUUUGAGUCAUAACUGCCUCAUGCUGAUUGUCUCCUCCACACAUCAUUAUCUACCUCCCCCUCACCUUCUUGACUCGUUGUUUUUCACUAAUGGGCCGUAGUGCUUCCACAAAUGUCCUUUUUCACUGUUUUCAUGUCACUUUUCAUUUCCUACUUUAUAUUUUAUCUCCUUCUGCCCUUUAGAUUAUCACAAGACCUUCAGCAGCCAAUAAGAACUUCCCGUAUCAUGUGCGGACGUCUCAGAUUGGGAUCCUGCUGUCAAGUCCAAAAGGAGGCGAGGGCGCAGAGAGCUUCCCUCAUCACGCUUACGGAAACAGCUCCUUCCUGGGAGACUCUCAACCCAACUUUACUGAACUGUUCUCCAUCCAAUCAGUGAGUCUCACAACAUCUAUAACAUGUCUUUAGUCGUAAAAACAUAGAAGUGUAAGGAGGUGAAAACAAGUACUAUUAUUGAUAAUAGGAAUACUGAUAAUAAAACCAAUUCAUGCUCCUUUUGUGUUUCAGUAUUCAGUUUAAACAGCUUAAAACAAUUUUGUACUAAAUGCUUAGUGAAGUUAGUUUCCUCUGACCUCCAAUUUCCACCGCAUCCGGAACGGCUGCGAAAAGGCUGUAUCCGCCGAUCUCAGCUGAUCGUUUCAAUUCAAGUUAAUGUGUCAAUUUCCACUGGCUUCUUUCCGUUUCGCUGCCGAUCACCGAAACCCACAGCCGACCGAAAGAGUUCAAUUUUUUCUGGGCGCUGCAGCAUGCUGGAUAAACUCAACACAGAUUAAUCCGUGCUGGAAAGGACGUCGGGUACAGACACAAAAUAAAACAUCCGGCUUCUUUUCAAAAUAAAACACUCCAUGUUUCAGGCGGAUUGUAUUUCACACAAUGCAAACGGGCGUUGGAUGAACAAGUGAAAGGUUUUCAGACAGCAUUUCACCACGAUGACACCAUGGAUGAGGAGAUGCUGGUUUUAGAAGUCGAGAAGUGGAUUUCCUCCCCUGGAAGGACACAAUCUACUGCUUAUAUGUUUUUGUGGCUGUCUUUAUCAAGACAACUCGUUAUCGCGCAAUUGCAUGUGAAUCUGCGAGUUCUCACGAUUCCCGCUGUCCGAAAUCCACCACGAAAUUCGCCUCACAAACGCAUUUGGUAGGAAUUGGCGGACGGCGAAAAUCGCUGCUGUUCUGUAGCGGAGCUGUUCCGGAUGCAGUAGAAAUUUCGGGUGAGUUGAAUUCAUCUUACAAAUCUUCUAACAUGUUAACCAACCUGUGUUCAAUCUACUUUGAAAUCAACCUGCGUCUCAUCUAAAACAGAUGCUGAAAUUAAAGUGCAUCAUAGUGACAGCACAGGUGGAAAGGAGACAUAGUUUUCAGGAACAUCUCUUCCGCUUGUCCUCCCGUGGACUUCAAGUGAAUGACAAUGAGCUGCACGAUGUAGAAAACGCACUGCUGUUACGACACAUGGACACAAGAGAAUUAUGAUUCAAUGCAAACUUUGAUGAGACCAAAUUUAGGCGUCCUGUUUGCUAUGAUAAAUUGUCUUGAUUAGGAAACUUCCAAAUCUGUGGACAUUACUUCUUUUUUAAUACCGCACAGAAAUGAGUCACACAAGAUGAGCUUCUUAUAUUCAAACAAACUGACUCAUGCAAACACGAGCAGGAAUACAGAGUACAGAGCUGACAAAAGGCGUGUUAAUACAAGGAGUCAUGUCAGGAGUUUGCAGCACCUUUCAAUAAUAAAAGCAUCUUCUAGUUUUUAUUAUAUGAAAGGGUCUUCAAAACUUCUCCUAAAGUCACAAAAACUAAGAAAAGUUCAUUCAAAAGAACAAGCAGGUUAAUUUUUGCGAUGUAAUUGAAGGCAGUGAGCAUUGAAUUGUUUUCCUUUCUUCAGGCUAGUGUUAACAGAAAUAAUGCUCUCAGUUCCUCGGGUUCUUGUUAGAAAUCCAGCGACAACAUUACUGCAUUUGCUCCAGAUAACUAAUUACACUGAGCUGCUGAACGUAACAUUAAACAUGAUUUUCAACUUGGCCUCAAGUCUUUUUAAGCCCGUUAUCAAGGUGAGCAUGAAGAGUUCCUCCUCUGAGUUGCUAAUUUAAAUGCACCCUCUCCUGUCUUUGAUUAAAGUGACAGAAGCGCAGUGGCAGGUAAUCACUCGCGCUGACACACUAAGUUAGCACACUGGACCUGAGUUGUUGAAUGGACAAACAAAGUAAGCUUCUCUGAGGCAGAAUUUGGCCUGGAUGGAUUUUGGCUACAUCAGUGCUGUCUUUGUCCUCUGCCGGUCGUUGGCCAGAUUAAAAGUUUUUCCAAAAACCCUUUUACAGGUAAAAACAAACACACUUCUUUUGUUUUAGAUUUCAAAAACAAUAAGUUCAGUUUCAAAAAGAUGAAGUUGGAGGAGUUCAGAUCUGAAACGGUGGAUUUUUUUAACUUUCUAAUGAGACAAAACAAAGUGCUCAUUUUCUGUUUUUACACAAAUUAAAAGUUUAUUCUUUUAUACUGUGAUGCAUGACAGCACAACACAGUUUAUUGCUUCAUCAUCUUGAUUGAUUUAUGUUUCUUUGUUGUUGCAGAUUUUCAAAGUUAGAAAAAUGAGUCAAUUAUGAGAAAAUGUAUCUGCAAGUUUUAAAAGUUUUAGAAGUGUCUUAUGAUCAGAGUCAUUCUUAAAGCAAAAGCCAGAUUUGAAAUGCAAGAAUAUUCUAGUCAUACAUUAUGGAAAAAGAAAAUCAAUAUCUCUGCAGAUCAAAGAGUUGAUCUGACUAAGGAUUUAAUGGUUUGCUCACCAGUGCUAUAAAAUAUCAGUAACCCUUUCUUUUACGAUACACUUAUUACCAGUUAAUUAACAGGUAAUUACCUAGUAACAACAUGAAAUUAUCUGGUAAUUACAUGAUAACUACAAAGCCGAAUUGCUCUGGUAUUCUCAGGAUUUUCUCUGCUUCCUGGAACCACCACUUGCGCAGUAGCAUUGUACGCAUUCGGCGGGUGAGACGCUGUGAUAAUGCUCGGCUCAAACAGCGUAUCGCUACGCAAUCUUCGCACACCCAUAGGCUGUAUCAAGUGUCAAUCAUAGAAAAUAAAAGAACCCCAAAUAGAUUUUGAAAAUGGAGCUGCACAGUAAAAAGGAAAAAAGAAAAACUGGACAGUAUUGACUUAGUAGUUAUCAUGUAAUUACCAGAUAAUUUCAUGUUGUUACUAGAUAAUUACCUGUUAAUUACCUGGUAAUAAGUGCACCGUAAAAGAAAGGGUUACCAAAAUAUUUUGACUUUUCUAAAGUUAAACCAAAAGAGUCAAAUUACUCAAAUAGACAGAAAAUCGCUGUUUCUAUGUCCAUGUAAACAGUUAAUGAAAAAGUCUUUUAAUAUCUUAAGCUAAUGUGCAAAGCUUACAUAGAAGAUUCACAGUACAGUACAGUGCUUCCAUACAGUGGAGUUUGUUGGUAAUAGAGAGAGUCUGAUGAGAGUAAGUGAGCUGGAGGUCAGCCUCACGCAGCUGUAAUUUAAUCUGACCUGUUUUAUUGCAGCAUAGGUGAGUUUGUGGAGGAAGCUGUCAAACUAUGAUGAAUAGUUUGUAUGGUGUUACUGACACGGUCUGACCUGCGUGGUACUUCUGUGACCUCUAUUCAGCAAAUUUGAUUGGUCAAAAGUUUAAAACCACCGUCCUCUCCCCCUACAGGACCCGGUGAAAACGGUGGAGGAGACUGUGACCCGUAAAGGACCUGAGGUGCCGAGGAACAGUGAGCAGAAGAUCAUCACCACUGCAGCUGACCUGACGUCAAUAUUGCCUCCUCCGCCACCUCCGAUACCCCCACGCUUGGCCACACGCUCGCCCCCGAUGCCGCCCAGACUCCCCUCGUUCACAGAGUACUUCAGCAUGCAGGGCGGGGGAGGAGGAGGGUUCGGAACGAAGGCAUGAGACUGAGAGACGGAAGGAGAGAGAGGCGAAGGCACAGAGGGAACGGACUGAAUGACAAUACAAAGAGAAGAAAAAGCCAGAGUGGAAAUCAAGGUUUUUCUGUUCAAAGACAAAAGAGACAGCAAAAAAGAAAAAAAGUUUGGAUGGAUGGAAUAUGCGACAUCAUCAGAAAAGUGAUUCCCUAAAUGGUACCUUUUCACCUGUGAAUGAAAAUAACCCUGAAAGGGAUGAGAGAGGAGGUGGGAAUGGCUGUGAGAUAGGAGUGCUGAGCUUGUUAAAGAGUAAAGAAGCAAUAAAUAUUUAAUGUUGACCAGUAAAAGGCACACAGGAAGAAAGAUGACAAAGUGGAUGUAGCCAGAGCAAUAGAAUGAUAGCUGUGCACGGGGCGGAAAUGAACAAAAUCCUUGAAAUACUUUUAUUCAAACAUUCAUGAGGCAUUGAUGGUGUGCCUGACAGAGUUUGUAAAUAGCUUAAACUGGAGAGAGCUACUACUCUAUAUAGUUUUAUUUUAAAAAGGAAACUUUUCUCCAUGUUUCUUUUCACAUCAUUAAAUUCCAGUUGGUGCUGUGAACAUCAGAACAAUCUCAUGCCAUUACAUGAAAUGAGUUAAUGUAUUAAAAACAACCUUUUUUUUUUACAUUUCACACAUUUUUAUAAAGCAUAGAUAUUUCCUCUAUGUGGAGUUUGUUGGGUUAAUUUAUAUUCUAUAAUCCAUUAGAGCUGGUUAUUCUGGAUUGAUAUGCUGAUGUGUAAAUGUAAAAUGUCAUGUUUACUGUGGGCACUCGUAAAAACACGCAUGUUUGUAAUGUAUUACCCGUCCAAAAAGAACGGAUCUAUGUACUCCAUGUGAUCAUACACUAUUGGCUUAUUGUGUGUAUUGAAUUCUUUAUGUUUGUAAAUACAUACGAUAGGCUUCAGUAUAUUUUUCAAUUGGACAAAUUCUGGUGGAAACCCUCCAACGAUGUUGAAAACAGUAUUAUUGGUUGUUUUUUUUUUUGCUCAGAUUUUUACUGGAGUGCAGAUUAUCCCUGCUCUAAAAUGUCAUUUCUGUGUAUGUAGACGUUGGUGAAUGUACUGAUGCAAUACAGCACAAAGACAGGGGUGAUUUCCAAGUUACCUAAAUACCGCAGUACACCUCUCUAGAAGUACUCUACCUAUGGCUCUCUGCUGCGACACAUUUAAGAGCAGGAGGCUGCGUUUCUUAAAAAAAAAAGGAACUUAAUCCUCACCUCUGUCUGCUCCCUGAAACAUGAGUUAUUAGCUGGCCUGAUCUUACUGUUAAAGCUGAACAAAUAUAACUGGUUUCAUAUCCCUGAACAUUGAGCUAUAACAAAAAAAAAGCCUUGUAGAUGAACUGUGAAAACGGCAACACAACUGUACAUUCUGUCUGUCCUGCAUGGAGCACUUUAAUGUUCCUGGUCUUAGUCUGUUUAUCCGUGAUGAUGUCACCUUUAUACGACUGCUUUGAAACCUGUACUCACACCACAUCCUGUAUUAUUGCAAAAGCAUUCGCCUGUAAAUACUCUUUAACUGACCAUCAGCUGCCCAGACAUUUAAGGGGACGCGUCAUGCUUUGUCAGUGUAAUUUAACAUUUGAAUUACUGAAAUUGAUAAGUCGUGUAAGAGUGUUAUUGAAACUGAGCUUACCACCAGCUGCCUGCAGUUCAGAGCCUUUAACUGUCUUUGAAAGGACAAAAAAAAAAAGACCUUUUUCGUUUCAGUCAUUGUCUGAUUUGAGAUUUAUAAAAGUGGUGGUACUCAGCUAAUUGACUAUUUCCACAUGGUGGUGUUUUCUUUUUUUUUCACACUCAGGGUGGGGAGCUUGAAUACUGCAUCGACCUGCUGCCAAAUAAUCGCGAAACUGCAUUUUUCUAUUUAAAGCUCCUGUAAGGAGUUUUUUGACAUUCAUGAAAUAGGUCAAAAUUCAUAUUAAUGCCUUUUCAUGAUAUCUGAAAACUAACAAGUCCAUCAAAGACAUGAUCAGCAGUUUGAAUGUUGUCGUUUUAAAGGCCUGAAACAGUGUUUCCCCUAGAAAUUUUUGCAGCUGCGGCGGUGUGUGUGUGUGUGAGUGUGUUGGGGGUGGGGGGGUGGGGUCGUUAUUACCCCCCUAAUCUUGCCGCUCCAGGAGCUACUUACAUUCACGUUACGUUACCCGCACUACUUGCUGUACAGAUCAUGUAUAAGCCUUAACCUUACCCGUGACAUAAAUGGAAGAGGGUCUGACAGGAUUUGACGCGCUCGUUGAUGACUCAAAACGAGUCAAAAAUAACGUUGUGUGUUGUUGUGGUCGCACAGUUCAAGUAGAAUCAUUAGUGGCGUAUUGAUAUUAAUGAUCAUGUGAAAUUUCAGUAGCUGCGCACGUAAUUAAGCAGCGCCGCUGCUGAAUGAAUGUAGAGGAAACACUGCUGAUACAUAUGAGUCUGAGGUAGAACUAUGUGAGAUCAAAACUAUUUUUUUUUAGCAGCGGCGGUGCGCCACGAUCAAUUGCAUGUAGGGGAAACCCUGCUGGAGUCAGUAUUAGUGGGCUCACGCAAAUCGUCACCCUAUUAAAAUAAUGGCCCAAGUUAUUUUUUAGUAAUUUUAAUUUAUAAAUUAAUAGGAUUAUAAUUUAGUCAUCUCCCAGCUAGCUAGCUAGAGAAUGGCUAAAUGUUAGUAUUACAGUUCAAUACUGGCACAGAAAUGGGUAAUUGUCACAUUAGCUUUGGUUUGGCUCAGUGCAAUAUGAGCUGUUUGAUGAUGCCAGCUAAUGCAACAUCACAUUUUAGUUCAGUAAGUAUCUACAUUUGUAUUAAUAAGGUGACAUUUUUGCGGCUUUCCUACGUAUGACUGAGAAUCUUAAAGGCAACGGUGAAACAAAAACAGCCUUCAAGCUUCCCACCCUGAGUGGAAAAAGGCUUCCAUGUGAAUAUGGUGAAUACUCCACAGGUUUAUCAAUGCUGAUCUUACUGUAACGGAGUACUUAAAGAUGUUAGGACUGUGGUGUUUAACGUGUACGAGUGCAGUCAGAGUUGUAAUGUGAAUCAGAUUGAUACUUGAAUUAGAGUAUUAGUCGUUAUUGCUGAUUAUGUGUCUGGUUAAUAUUAGGCAUGUCUGCCAUUUCGUCCGCCGUUGCCAUGACUUGACUGAAGAGCCACUGGAUUACUGGGCUAACUGACAGGACUACUGAUAACUGUAUCACUGCUAAAAAUGUGUGUACGCUGACAUAAAACAACAGGACUGAGACACACUUGGGGAGAGAUGCUGGAGAAAAGAGAUUAUGUAUGCAUGACAGAAAACAGCACAGCUUUUAGGUGACUCAGAGCGAUCUGGUUAAUAGCACAUCACUGAAGCACUGUUCAAAUGCAUUUUAAUGGUGUCAAAUGACUAUUCUGAAUAUGCUGUACAUAUACACUUUUUGCCAAAAUAAUAAAAAUAUGGUUUUAUUAGAGGGUUUUUGUCAGGGUGUGUGUUAUUUGGCUGAGUGCAGAAGAGUUAAUGUGAUAUCUGUAAAUCAUAUUUGUGGUGUGUUCUCAUUACGAGGGGUUCAUUAAGGUAAAACUCCACAGGGACACGGUCCAGCCUGGUCACAGCCUGAUGUAGGCUGAGCUAAUUAUUUCACUGUGCUGUACUCAUUCUGCAUCAACAGACCACAUUUGUAAAAGGAUUUCAGUCUAGUUUCCACCACAGCAGAGAAAAAAAGAAAAAAUAUAAUUUACUUCUUCCAAAUUUCUUGCGCAAUUAAUUUUAGAUGUGAGUUUGUAUUAUUUUUAAGUAUUUUGUGUCUAUUGGCAUGAAAUGAAAUGGAUUUAAUUUUUUCUCUUUUCAGAAAAUAAAGACCACCAACAUCGACCACUUUAAGGCUGUAAUUUUGAAGGACUAUAUUUGAU